UUUUUUCUUAACCUUCUCUACCCGCCUUUCCCCCGCCACGUGACCUCCCCUCCUCCCCGACCUGCCUUUGGGCGCCCGCGUCACGUGACCGGGAGGAGGGCGGCCAUCUUGGUUACAAACACAAACAAGCGGCGAGAGGAGGAAGGAGAGCGAGAGAAGCGGAGCCGUAGACGCCGCUGCGGCCUCCUCCUCUUUCCCCUCUCCCGUCCCCCCCUCUCCUCCUCCUCCACCCCGCGCGCGCGGAGCAGUUGCGGGUAAGAGACGCCGAGGGGCCGCCCCCCUCCUCCCCCCGUCGCCAUGGGAACCGGGGAGCCCCCACCCCACUCUUCCCUCGGGGCCCCGCCCUCCCCCGUCGCCAUGGAGAGGGGCUCCCCCCUUCGCAACACCCCCCCAACACACACACACACGCGCCGCCGAGGGAGAGCGAGGGCCCCGCCCCCUCCGGUGCCCGGGCCGCCCCUCCCCCCUCUCCUGCGGAGGCGCCUCAUGGAGACGCAGGGGACCCCCCCCCCCAAUAAAAAAGUGCCGGGCGUCAGCGCUUUGCUCCGUCCUGGGAGCCUUUGCAUUGCGCCUCCCGUUCCCUUGCACGCCCUUCCUUUUUUAAAAAAAACGGGGGGCCCCCUCUGCUGCACCCCCGGACCCCCCUCGCUCUCGUGCAUGGCGGCGGAGGUCGUCCUCUUGCGUGUGCAUUCAAAGCCCCGAUGCCUCUUGCUCUCGCUGCUGCUGCAAAAAAAGCCCAACCCAUUAUUCGCCUUGCAUCCCUGAUUGCAUUGUGCCCUUGCCGCGCUCGCCCUGCGGAGGCCCGUGGCACGUUUUUGCAAGCAGGGGGGAAGCCUCUGGGGCAGGACGGACUUGAGACUCCCCCCACCUACCCCGGCUACCCCUAGGGCUCUCCCGCGCGGCUCGCCCUGUGGUUCCCCGGUGCCCGUGCAAAGGAAGGGUGCGGGGUGGCUCCGGCGCCCCUGAAGGCUUUGCCGCUUCGCCACUCCCCUCCUGUCAUGCUUGCGGAGACCUCGAAAUGACGCGGGCUGCGAGAGGAUUGCCGUGGUUCCCUGCAACGCUCCCUGUUCCUUAGCAAGAGAUUUGGGGGGCGCGUGUGCGCGCGCAGAUCCGAGAGAUCCGCAGUUCGGUGGAGUUCCAAGUUCAGUGUUGGGACAGGAUCCUGUAAGGUCACCAGCCUGCAGAAAGCUAUUGCAUGACAGACAAACGCUUCUUGGGCAAGGCAGAGUGAAGAUAGAUUACUGUGGCAUUCUCUUGCUAAAUGACCCGUAAUAAUUUGCAUCCACAAACUCCAGUGCCAAAAUGCCUUUGAGAAGCCGAGUGUGAUAUGUGGGGUUUGGGGAGUCCUGGUUUCCUUUCCUUUCUUUUAGUCUCCUCCUCAAAUAUUAUUCCCUUCCCGCCUGUUGAGUUAGUUUUGAAGCCACCUCCUUGUAAAGUUUGGGUGUCUAACUCGCACGUGGACAUCUGUAUAUGGAAGUUGUCUGUAGCAGGGCACAAUGUUUUGACCUGUGCGGCAACAGCUUCUGUUGCCUGGGCCGUGUGGCUGGUUUGCUGAAGAGAACCUCUGGCGGGAAAAGGUGAUUAUCUGCAACCCUGUAAUGUGGUAGCAAAAAACUCCUUUAAGAGAUUUUAAAAGGCAGUUUGGCAGUGAGGAGUUUCAUCCCUACUGCCCAGUCUUUGAUUACUUAUUUGUGCAAACAGUCAAUAUAGGAAUACUUCGCUCCCAGUAUUACAGCCUUGGGACAUACCCUGAAUGCCAGUGUACUUGGCAGUGGGUGGCUCGAGUUGAAGUCUGGCUUUCUGGCCAACAAGCUCUUGUUCUGCUAUAAAGCCAGGGGCAUCUGAAACAGAUAUGGCAGGACUGGAGUGUGUAUGGCAGGGGUAGGCAACCUAAGGCCUGUGGGCUGGAUGCGACCCAAUCGCCUUCUCAGUUCGGCCCACGGACGGUCCGGGAAUCAGCGUGUUUUUACAUGAGUAGAAUGUGUGCUUUUAUUUAAAAUGCAUCUCUGGAUUAUUUGUGGGGCAUAGGAAUUCGUUCAUUUCCCCCCCAAAAAUAUAGUCCAGCCCACCACAUGGUCUGAAGGACCACAGCUGAAAAAGAUUGCUGACUCCUUGUGUAUGGUGUAGGCGACGCUUAGUUAGGCAGAGGAAUGGUCUGACUCUGUAUAAGGUGGCUUUCUAUGCAAACCAUCAGAGAGCAGAUAUAUUUUGGAGAUUUCUUACCUCUUGUGGGGAAAUAAACAGAGAAUAGAUUUAGAAAGCUGUACAAAGUGCUGGAAGUGUUGAAUAGAUUCACCCAUUGUUGGACCACAAUGCAGCGGAUGCAAAGAUAUUGGCUGGCCUGACUACAGCAACUCACUUUCAACCUUCUGUGGUCUAAAGGGGAAAGGGAAAAGACGCUUGCUUUCUUUUUAAAGAAAAGCCUCUUCCUGCCUGGAGGUGGUGACUUGUUGACAUGUCUGUUAUUAGGUCGUGGUGGACACGUUUUGUGCAGUGUGCUAUUAACCUGUGGAAUUCAUUGCUGCAGGGUAUAGUAAUUGCCGCCAUGCUAGGUGGACUUGCGUACGGUCAUCAGCGGCAGUCACCACCCAUUCCUCUAUUGAGAAGCCGUUUUCCCCAUUAGUAAAUUUUGGUUUAGUUAUUUUCAUAAUAUUGUUGUUGGGAUCUUGGCAGUUGUGUGAUGUUCAAAUAGUCUUCUGAAAUGCGCAGUUGCGCCUGGCGGAGGACGACAGCUUGUGUUCCCUGGUGUUGUGUGGUGGCUCUCCGUUGCUUCUUCUGGAGUUGGUGCUUCGUUGGCCAACCUGGUCUGGUGGGGCUCUUCCAUUCUUUGAAUGGUGGGCAGCGUGAGGGUAGCAGGCAGACAGUUCUGAAGCCACAUCUGCACAGAGGAAGGAGAGGAAAGUAAAACAGUUCUUUGAGUUGAGUUUUAGGCACUCGGGAGACGAGCACACCAAGAUACAUCCUGGAUUUCUAGUGUCUGUGAUCGGAAGAAAAAUAUUUCCCCUGAUGAAACCACACUUCGUUAGGGGUCAUGAUUCAUCAGAUUGCCUUAGACACCACCACUUAAUCCAUUCUUGUUCUGCAGCCACUAGUGGCCAGAUCACACCUAGGGGGUGUGGUCUUGCAUUGAGUUCACACAAUUAACUGUGCUAACCCCUGGUUGUCUGAAUUUGCAAAAGGGUGGCCAAAAUGGCAAAAGGAACCAGAGUUUGGCAGCGCUGAAACAGCAAAGGCGCAUGGAGUGCCUUUCACUCGGCUUAUGCCCCCUCCUGUGUGGAGAGAGCUUGUUGCAGCUCUGGCGGCGGCCUUUGGGUCAGGCGCCUGCAAUGCACUGUGCAUAGUGUGGCCUAGGACCCACGUACCUACGGGACAGCCUCUCCUGGUACGCCCCGCGGAGGACCUUAAGGUCCACAAAUGACAACAUUUUGGAGGUCCUAAGUUACAAGGUGGUUAGAUUGGUCUCAACAAGGGCCAGGGCCUUUUCAGUACUGGCCCCGACUUGGUGGAACGCUCUGUCCCAAGAGACUAGGGCCCUGCGGGACUUGACAUCUUUCCGCAGGGCCUGCAAGGCAGAGCUGUUCCGCCUGGCCUUUGGUUUGGACUCAGUCUGACCCUUAUGUUUCCCCCCCCUUACGGUCUUCAUUUAUCGGCUAUUUUAAAAUGAGGCUGCAUUUUAAAUUGCAUUUUAACCUGUAUUUUAAAUUGCCCCCCCAAUUAUGUUUUUACUGAAAUUUUAUUGGUGUUAGCCGCCCUGAGCCCGGCUCUGGCCGGGGAGGGCAGGGUAUAAAGAACAUUUAUUAUUAUUAUUAUUAUUUUGAAGACUUCCCAGAAACAGCACCGAGUUCAAAACGCAGCCACUUAAGGCUGCUAAUUGGGACCUGGCACUGGCAACUUUUCUCAAUGAGGCUUCAGAAGCCCCACUGGCUUCUGGUCUGUUUCAGAGCAAUAGUGCCUCCCUUAAAGCCCUCCGUAGUUUGGGAAUUGUAAUACUGGAGGGUACGUCUGCUCCCACUUCAAAUCUGGCCAUGCACAGAUCACCCUUCUCCAGACACCCCAUGAGCUAAAGCAGCCUUCCCCAACCAGGUGCCGUCAGGAUGUUUUUGGCCUACAACUCCCUACAGCCUGAGCUAGCGAGGCCUGAGGAUGCUGGCACUGCUGGCGGUUGUGGUCCAGAACAGCUGAAGGCGUCCAGUCGGUGAAAGUAGGCAUAGGCGAACUCGGCCCUCCAGAUGUUUUGGGACUACAACUCCCAUCAUCCCUAGCUAGCAGGACCAGUGGUCAGGGAUGAUGGGAGUUGUAGUCUCAAAACAUCUGGGGGGCAGGAGUUUGCCUAUGCCUGAUCUAAAGCAAGGCCUCCUUGUGGAGCUCUCUCGCCAUGGAGACUUGCUUCAUGCUUCGGCUAAUUAAUACCCCUGCUAUUUUGAACUGAAGGGUGGUGUGGCAAAGUUUUAAAUAAAGUAAAACAACAACAACACAUUUAGACUGUGGACAAUCCUCUGGGGUUUUUUAGCUUUGUGUUGUGUCCUGGGCCCAAACUCUCUUCCUGCACAUAGGAAGGUCUUGUCCCAGCCGAAGCUCGUAUGUAAAUUGCCUUGAGACGGUGGUUUAGAAGGUGAUUAAUAAAUCAUUGAGAAUAACAGUAGUACAGGGACGUGGGUGGCGCUGUGGGUUAAACCACAGAGUCUAGGACUUGCCGAUCAGAAGGUCGGUGGUUCGAAUCCCCACAACGGGGUGAGCUCCCGUUGCUCUGUCCCAGCUCCUGCCAACAUAGCAGUUCAAAAGCACAAAGUGCAAGUAGAUAAAUAGGUACUGCUCUGGCGGGAAGGUAAACGACGUUUCCGUGCGCUGCUCUGGUUCGCCAGAAGCAGCUUAGUCAUGCUGGCCACAUGACCCGGAAGCUGUACGCCGGCUCCCUCGGCCAAUAAAGCGAGAUGAGCGCCGCAACCCCAGAGUCGGUCAUGGCUGGACCUAAUGGUCAGGGGUCCCUUUACCUUUACCUUUAACAGUAGUACAGUGGUACCUCAGGUUAAGUACUUAAUUCGUUCUGGAGGUCUGUUCUUAACCUGAAACUGUUCUUAACCUGAAGCACCACUUUAGCUAAUAGGGCCUCCCGCUGCCGCUGCACAAUUUCUGUUCUCAUCCUGAAGCAAAGUUCUUAACCUGAGGUCCUAUUUCUGGGAUAGCGGAGUCUGUAACCUGAAGCGUAUGUAACCUGAGGUACCACUGUAGUAAGCUUGGAAAUGCUGGCCCAGGUCCCAGCAUUAAAACCAGCCUUUGACGAACCUGGUGCCUUGCAUGUUUUGGACUACAUCUCCCAUCAUGCCCGGCCAGCAGAGUUGUGUAGUGCUGGGGCUGAUGGGAUUUGCAGCCCCAAAUGCCUGGAGAGCACCAGUCUGGGAAAUGUAUUCAAGAAAGGUAUUGUGGAUGAGGGGACACUGAGGAGCCACAUUCACCGUUGGCAAGCAAAGUCAGCCAGAGUGCAUAUAGGUUCAUUGCAGCGCCAGGGUCCUUGUCGGUCUGAAGUUCUAAAUGGCAUGUGACAAGCCAAAUAUUACAUAUUAGAAGCCAUUAAAAAGUUGAGAUGCAUAAUACAUGGACCGUGGUUCUUCGGUGCCUGUUAGGAAUUCCUUGAUUUUCCGUAAAUGACUUUCUUAGAAGUUUCCCUUGUUCCAAGUCGUUGGAGUUCUCUUCGCCUCACCUCUGGAAAGGGCAGGCAACAUCACCAAGGGGCUGGAGCGAUGUUUGGACGUUGGGAAAGGUUUCGAUGUUUGGGGCUUUCCGUUUAGGGAAAUGGCUAGUAAGGCUGGGGGAACGACAUGAUAGAGGCGUGUUAAGAUUACGCACAAUGUGAGGAAAGCAGGUAGGAAGAAGCUUUUUCCUUCGCAUAAUGCUUGAACGCAGCAGGGUCAUCAUAUGAUUGACGAAUGUUGGAAGUUUCAGGAGAGGGAGGAGAAAGUCCUUUGCAGCAGCGCAUGGUUAAGCUUUGUCAUUUGGUCUUGCUAGGUCAGUGGUUUCCAUACUUUUUUCAAAGAGGGCCAGAUUUGAUGAAGUGAAGGGCCGUGAGGGCCAACCAGCUGUUGACCUUUUUUUUUAGGAUUGAAGUUGUUGAGCUUUUUUUAGGAUUUUACCCCAGGAAAUAAACUGACACAGGGGCCGGGUUAAACCAACUGGCGGACCAGAUUAGGUCCCGAAACAGACAUGCUUGUGCCAGGUGUACUGGAGGCUACCAUCUUGCUUUUUAAGGAGAAUUAGGUAAAGUCAUGGAAAAGAAGGCUCUGAUUACCUCUGCUGCUGAAGGCAGUAUAUCACUGAACAGUAAAGGAACGUAGGUGGCGCUGUGGUCUAAACCACUGAGCCUCUUGGGCUUGCCGAUCAGAAGGUCGGCGGUUCGAAUCCCUGCAACGGAGUGAGCUCCUGUUGCUCUGUCCCAGCUCCUGCCAACCUAGCAGUUCCAAAGCACACCUGCGCAAGUAGAUAAAUAGGUACCACUGUGGCGGGGAGGUAAACGGCAUUUCCGUGCACUCUGGUUUCCGUCACGGUAUCCCGUUGCACCAGUAGCGGUUUAGUCCUGCUGCUCACAUGAGCCGGAAAGCUGUCGGUGGACAAACGCCACAACCCCAUAGUCGCCUUUGAUUGGACUUAACCGUCCAAGAGUCCUUUUACCUUGUCUCUGAACACCAGAUCCUGGGAAUCCCAAGUGGGGAGGGGGAUUCUGUUGUUGCGCUCAGGUCCUGCUUGCAGAUUUCCCUUUGGAACAUCUGGUUGACCAGAGUGAGAACAGGAUUCUGGGCUAGAUUGGGAGCUUGGUGGGCCUUUGGCCUGAUCCAGCUGCUCUGCUUUAGGCCUCAUCUUAUGGACUCUGGAUAAAUAGUUCAAUUCUAAAGAAUUGAUCGGUAAACUUUAGGAAGAAUCCCGGAUAGUAUUUCAAGACGAUUGAAGGGAAUGAAUGGUCCAAAUAAAUAGCAACACACUUCAAAAAUAUUGUGCGUGUAAAAAUAAUAGAGUUGGUUGUUCCUUCUGUUUCGUCAACCGGCAUCUUCCGUUCAGGCUGCUCUGUCCAGUCUAGACAUGAAACCUCUGGCUGUGUCUGAGAGGGAAGAGGUGGUUGGGAAGCUGGAUCUGCAAGAGGGACCAAGGAGAAAGACUUUCUUUCGGUGGUGGGGAUGAUGAUGAUGAUAAUGAUGAUAACAAUAAUAAAAUUUUAUUUAUACCAUGCCCUCCCCAGCCAGAGCCGGGCUCAGGGCAGCUGACACCAGUAAAAUUACAAUAAUUUUUUAAAAAAAAAAUACAGGUUAAAAUAUAAUUUAAAAUGCAGCCUCAUUUUAAUAGUAGCCCAUAGAUCAAAACCAUAAGGGGAGGGAAACAUAAGGGUCGGACCGAGUCCAAACCAAAGGACAGGCGGAACAGCUCUGUCUUGCAGGCCCUGCGGAAAGAUAUCAAGUCCCACAGGGCCCUAGUCUCUUGGGACAGAGCGUUCCACCAAGUCGAGGCCAGUACUGAAAAGGCCCUGGCCCUAGUUGAGACCAAUCUAACCACCUUGCGACCUGGGACCUCCAAGGUGUUUUUGUUUGAAGAUCGUAAGGUCCUCCGUGGGACAUACCAGGAGAGGCUGUCCCGUAGGUACGUGGGUCCUAGGCCACAUAGGGCUUUAAAGGUCAAAGUCAGCACCUUCAACCUGACCCUGUACUUCACCGGGAACCAGUGCAGUUGGUAAAGUACUGGAUGAAUGUGAUCCCACGGCAAGGACCCUGUAAGGAGCCUCGCUGCUGGAGUUUCUGGGUCAGCUUCAAGGACACCCCCACGUAGAGCGAGUUACAGUAAUCAAGCCUGGAGGUGACCAUCGCAUGGGUCACUGUGGCCAGAUCAGGGCGAGAAAGGUGCACUUUAUUUAUUGCACUUCUUAUGUGCAUUUCAUCCCUGGGUACCUGUGGUGGGUUUACAACAAUAUAAAAUAAUAAUAAUAAUAAUAAUAAUAAUAAUAAUAAUAAUAAUAAUAUAAUUUAUACCCUGCCCAUCUGUCUGAGUCUCCCCAGCCACUCUGGGCAGCUCCCAAUCAAGUAUUAAAAACAAUACAGCGUUAAAUAUUAAAAACUUCCCUGAACAUGCCUUCAGAUGUCUUUUAAAGAUAGGAUAGCUACUUAUUUCCUUCACAUCUGAAGGGAGGGUGUUUCACAGGGCGGGCGCCACCACCGAGAAGGCCCUCUGCCUGGUUCCCUGUAACCUUACUUCUCUCAAUGAGGGAACCGCCAGAAGGCCCUUGGAGCUGGACCUCAGCGUCCGGGCAGAACGAUGGGGGUGGAGACGCUCCUUCAGGUAUACAGGACUGAGGCCGUUUGGGGCUUUAAAGGUCAGCACCAACGCUUUGAUUUGUGCUCGGAAACGUACUGGGAGCCAAUGCAGAUCUCUCAGAACCGGUGUUAUGUGGUCCCGGCGGCCACUCCCAGUCACCACUCUAGCUGCCGCAUUCUGGAUUAAUUGCAGUUUCCGGGUCACCUUCAAAGGGAGCCCCACGUAGAGCGCGUUGCAGUAGUUAAACCAACAUUUAAGUUGGUUCAAAAACCUUUACAACCAGAAGAACAGUAAGGUGCAGUAAUACAAAAUAUUGGGAGCGCUGACCAUGUUUCUCUUUCCUACUGUAUUUUGGAUCUCCUGCCUCAAGCCUUGUUCUCCUUCAACCCCUCUCGGCUUUUAGCUGCCCCCUUAAGUGCAUUUCAGGUGUUGUAUGUGGCGCACAAGAGACAGGUGGAGUUGGGAGCCUGCCAGGUUGGACUUGGUCAGGCUCUCUUUGCUGCAGGCAAAGUCUGGUUUCCUCCAUUGUCUGCUUCACUCAUCCGCUGUCAGCGGAAAGGUUCAUGCAGCAGCGCUUUAUUCUGAGCUACUGCAAAGCACCCUGCCCGUCGUCUCAGCUGCGUGGCUGUCCUUGCGGAUUUAUUUGGUAGCCUUCGCUUUGUCACUUGCGUGGGGUUUUUGUCCGCUCUGAAGCUCUGGCCGUGGAACCAAUAUCACAACAUGGACUUCAGACCAGUCUGGGACGAUACAUUGAUAUAUUGGCCAGCCCUAGUUUGCCAACCAGGCGCCCGUUUUUGGAAGCCAGUAAGCAGGACCUGAGUGCGAGAGUGCUCUGAUCUCCUGUGGUUUCCAGCAACUGGUAAUCAGAAGCAGUGGGAGUGGAGCAAAGAAGCUGUGAGGGUUAGUAGACAUUGAUGGCAAAGUUCUCCCUACAUGACCAGAGUCUCUUCUUGAUUUAUAUUCCACCAUCCAGGAUUUGGGGCUGGCAAUAAUAAUAAUAAUAAUAAUUACAGCACACAGACAGUUUGACCCCCCCCCUCCAGUCCCUAGGUUCCUCUGUUCCUUUGGCCUUGCAGGACAGGAGAGAGGGAGGAAGGCUUCCUAAAGAAUUGGCUCCAUGCGGUCAGAGGACGUGGGACACUUCUUGGAAGUUAGAACUGAAGAGGCACCAUACAACUGUACUGUUAUAGGAAUAAAAGGUUCUCUCCCUUGAGAGUGAGCGAGCAAAAGAAUACCUUGUUGUUGAUGAUGAUGAUGAUUCCUUUUUUAAAAAUACAUUUUUAUUGGUUUUUUUAACAUAUUAUUUCCAACAAUCAUUUAACAUAAUUUCUUACCUUAUACAAUAUUUUAGACCGUCAACCACCUCUGAAGAUUUACCGUUCUUUAUCACUUGUUCUGCAUUUCUUAAUUUCAACUACUACUUUUAAUUAUCAUUGAUUAAUAAUUCACAUAAUGGUCUUUCUCGCAGUAUUUCAAAUAAUCCUCCUUACAGAACUUCUUGCAGUCCUACUAGUGUAAUCUAUUCAUUACAAUUGCUUUUCAAAUAGUUCAAAUAUUUGCUCCAGUCUUCUAAGGAUCUCUGGUCCCGCAGGUUUCGAAUCCUUCCUGUUAAUUUAUCUAAUUCUGCAUAGUCCAUUAAUUUUAUCUGCCAUUCUUGUUGAUGAUGAUUCCAUUUCACUGUAAUGUCCUAUGGUCCGAGGCUGAACUUUUGAUGUUGCCAUGGUGGUGGUGGUGAUUGAGGGGUGGGGGCUCUUGUCUCAAGCGGCACCUUUAGUUCUCCUGCUUGUUGGGUAUUUGUGAGCCGCCGAUGAAAAGAACAAGCCAUUCUGAGAUACCCAGCCUAGCAUUUUGUUCCAAAGAGUUUCUAUUUUCUGUGGGUGAAGAGCUCUGGGCGCUGCCAAGCAGGUACUUCCAAGAAGCCCACAAGCUGCCCACGGAGGUGACUGAAUGCUCCCAAACUUUGAAAAGGUGCAGGAAGGAGCAACCUAAAUGAGGCCAGAGGAAGCUGUAGGCUCAGUGGGAUUUUCCAUUGAAACUGAAUGAUGGAGGAUUCAGGAUGUACUAAGGAAGAUAUUCUCACACGGCACAUGUUAAAAAUGUGGAAUUCGCCACCACCAUCAAAUCAUAGAAUUGUAGGGACCCUGAGAGUUAUCAGGUCCAACUAGAUCAUAAACGGCACGUGGCCAUCCAGCCUCUGCUUAAAAACACUGCCACCUCUCGUGGAAUCUGUCCCACUGUCAAACAGAGCUUACAGUCAGAAAGGUAUUCAGGGUAUUUAGUCGGAAUCGCCUUCCUUGUCAUUUGAAUCCGUUUGGAUCCUGCCCUCUGGAGCAGCAGAAAACAAGCUUGCUCCAUCUUCCAUGUGAUGACAGCCCUUUAGAUGCUUGAAGAUGGCUGUCCUAUCUCAGUCUCCUCUUUUCCAGGCUGAACAUACCCAACUCCCUCAAACAUUCCUCAUCAGGCUUGGUUUCCAGACCCUUUCAUCAUCCUGGUCUCCCUCCUCUGCACACCUUCCUGCUUGUCAAUGUCCUUCUUAAACUGGGGUGCCCAGAACUGGACACAGGACUCCAGUUGGGGUCUGGCCAAGGCAGAAUAGAGUGGGACUAUUACUUCCCUUGAUCUGGACACUAGACUUCCAUUGAUGCAGCCUAGAAUAGCAUUGUCUUUGUCCAUGGAGUGGACAGCAUCUUAAAAAGCAGAGACAUCACCUUGCCAACAAAGGUCCGUAUAGUUAAAGCUCUGGUUUUCCCAGUAGUGAUGUAUGGAAGUGAGAGCUGGACCAUAAAGAAGGCUGAUUGCUGAAGAAUGGAUGCUUUUGAAUUUUGGUGCUGGAGGAGACUCUUGAGAGUCCCACGGACUGCAAGAAGAUCAAACCUCUCCAUUCUGAAGGAAAUCAGCCCUGAGUGCUCACUGGAAGGACAGAUCCUGAAGCUGAGGCUCCAAUACUUUGGCCUCCUCAUGAGAAGAGAAGACUCCCUGGAAAAGACCCUGAUGUUGGGAAAGAUGGAGGGCACAAGGAGAAGGGGACGACGGAGGACGAGAUGGUGGGACAGUGUUCUCGAAGCUACCAGCAUGAGUGACCAAACUGCGGGAGGCAGUGGAAGACAGGAGUGCCUGGCGUGCUCUGGUCCAGGGGGUCACGAAGAGGUGGACACGACUAAACGACUAAACAACAAGAAUAGCAUUAGCUUUUUUUUGCUGCUGCAUCACACUAUUGACCCGUGUUAAGCUUACAGUCUACUAAGACCCCUUGAUCCUUUUCACAUGUACUUCUUGCAAUCCAGGUAUCCCACAUCUUAACAUUUGUGCAGCUGGCUAUUCCUGCCGAAGUGCAGAACCUGACAUUUCUCCCUAUUGCAAUUCAUUUUGUUAGAUUUGGCUCAGGUCUCCAAUCUUGUUAAAUUCAUUGUGAAUCCCAAAUCUAUCUUCAGUGGCAUUGGCUACCCCUCCCCAUUUAUCGUCAUCUGCAAAUUUGAUUAGCAUCCCCUAAAUUCCUUCGUCCAAGUUGUUUAUAUAAAGAUGUUGAACCACAACAGGACCCCGCAUCACCCCACCUGCCACUGUUUUCUGUGAUGACAAGUAACUUUUAUCAGAAAAAGAAACGAGAUUUGUCUGGCAUGACUUGUUUUUGCUGGGUCUUAGUAAUCACAGCAUCCUUUUCUAAGGGCUCACAGACCGACUGUCGAAUUAUCUGUUCUGGCCCCGUUAGUAGGUUAACGCAGGUUUAUGUAAAAAAAUUACCUGUGUAAAGAAGGCAGACUAUUGCAGCUAAUGGCAUAUGUCCCAAAAGUCCAUAGAGGAGAGACGUGGACUUAAAGCCCAAAUUCACAUGAAGUCGUUCCCCCUCCUACCACUAGGUGGCGCUGCUUUUGUGUUCUCAGUGGUUUUCAGUUUAAAAAUUCGCUGGCAAUUUUUCGCUUUCCAGAUGUUCUUCUGGAUCCAUAAACUCAGGAUUUCCAAGUAGAGUGGGACUCCCUUAAAUUGCGCUCCUUUCUUCUUGGGAAUAUUCUGACUCACCUUCUCUGCUCCUCCUCUUUCGUUUUCUCUCUAUCUACCUUUUCGGUUUCAAACAAUAGCCCCCAGCAUCAAAUCAAAUAAAAACGACCGAAGGUUCAGCAGUGCAUUUUCUUUUCUCCCCCCCCCCCCAAAUGCUUAUUAAUUUUCAUACAAAAGCAUAACUUUAACAUAACAGAAAAAGAAAAGACAAUAAUAAAAGAAAAAAAGAAUAAAAGAGAUAAAGUAAUUCAAACCUCACAUAUACCAUCACAUACAAUAAGACUUACUUAGUUAAUUAAAAUCCAACUUAAUAAACAUAUUACUUGACUUCCUCCAAUCUCUUCCAACUGAAUUUCCUUGUAAUUAAAUGUAGCGAUUUCCAAUAUCAUUAUUUCAUAUAACAAUAUUCCAGUCAUAAUCAAACUUCCUAACUUUUCUUAUCGUGCUUUUUCUUAUUUAUUUAUUUAUUUAUUUAAUCCUGAUUUAGUUCUAGGCCUAAUUAGUCAACAGUGCAUUCAACCAGUUCUUCUGCCAUAGAAUUAUAGAAUCACGAGUUGGAAGGGGCAUCUGACCCAACCUCUAGUCCAUGGGUAGGCAAACGAAGGCCCGGGGGCCGGAUCCGGCCCGCCGACAGUUCAGGAAUCAGCGUGUUUUUACAUGAGUAGAAUGUGUCCUUUUAUUUAAAACGCAUCUCUCGGUUAUUUGUGAGGCAUAGGAAUUUGUUCAUUUCCCCCCUUCAAAAUAUAGUCUGGCCCCCGCAAGGUCCAAGGGACAGUGCUGAAAAAGCUUCCUGACCCCUGCUCUAGUCUCAACACGUCCCCCAUCCAGUUUGAAACCAUACCAGGCCCUGCUUAGCUUUGCAAAUGUGCUACUAGUAGCUGAAUAGUUGGCCUUGGUGAAGAUUUGACGUUUUCAUCCCCAAAAAGUUUUUGAUUUGAGUUUCUAUUGAAAUGAGGCUGCAUUUUAAUGUAUUUUAAUCUUGUUUUUAAGUUGUAUCUUAAUCAAUUGUUUUAUAUCUGGUGUUAGCUGCCCUGAGCCCGGUCUUGGCUGGGGAGGGCGGGGUAUAAAUAAAAAUUAUUAUCAUUAUUAUUAUUAUUAUUAUUAUUAAGAAAGUGAGAACCACUCAAGAGAGCCUAGGAUGAUUGAGGAGGGCAGGCUUGCUCCAGCAGCCAAGCCCAGCGCCAGAGGGGAGUGUGGGGAUGCCUGGAUAGCUCUAAAAAGGAAUUAAGGGGAAACGAUGGAAAUGGUUGUCAAUAACGACUAGUGAAGGCUGAUGGCCGAAGAAUGGAUGCUUUUGAAUUAUGGUGCUGGAGGAGACUCUUGAGAGUCCCAUGGACUGCAAGAAGAUCCAACCUCUCCAUUCUGAAGGAAAUCAGCCCUGAGUGCUCACUGGAAGGACAGAUCCUGAAGCUGAGGCUCCAAGACCUUGGCCACCUCAUGAGAAGAGAAGACUCCCUGGAAAAGACCCUGAUGCUGGGAAAGAUGGAGGGCAGAAGGAGAAGGGGACGACAGAGGACGAGAUGGUGGGACAGUGUUCUCGAAGUGACCAGCAUGAGUUUGACCAAACUGCGGGAGGCAGUGGAAGACAGGAGUGCCUGGCGUGCUCUGGUCCAGGGGGUCACAAAGAGGCGGACACGACUAAACAACAACAACUAGUGUUGGGGGCAGUCUGCCUUGGAAUAAUACCUGGAAAUCCCAGGUGGGGAGAGAGGGUCUCAUGCAUGUUGGCUUCCCAUAAUGGGAAUCUGGUUGUCCACUCUGAGAACAGGAUGCUGGGCUGAAAUGGGCUCCCUCUGGCCCCUGGUCCCACUGACGGGUUCUUAGAUUGAUAGCCCUUUCCUACUUCUUCUCCCCAGCAGCUGCUGGCUCGGGUGCAUGCGCCGCCUCUGAAGAUGGAGGGAUUCUGUUCUCAGGAGCAUCCGGCUUGAAACGGAGAGCCAGGGUCAGACCUCGCUUGACCACGAAGCUUGCUGGUGGUCUUGGGUCAUUCGUUCGUAAUAGCAAUAAAUGUGCCCUCACUGGGCGUGUCGCUUUACAGAGUACAGUGGUACCUCUGGAUGCGAACGGGAUCCGUUCCGGAGCCCCGUUCGCAUCCUGAAGCGAAUGCACCCCGCGUCUGCGUGUGCACGGGUUGCGAUUCGCCGCUUCUGCGCAUGCGCGUGAUGUCAUUUAGAGUGUCUGCACAUGCGCAAGCGGCGAAACCCAAAAGUAUUGCAUUCCGUUACUUCUGGGUUGCCGCGGAGCACAACCCGAAAACGCCUAACCUGAAGCUACUUCAACCCGAUGUAUGACUGUGCAAGAGGGCAGGAUUCUGACCUGGAGGGGUCGGGUGUGCGUGUGUGUGCGUGUUCACAUUCCUGAAAUUAACAGAGGGGGAGGCAUUGCUUGAUCCCAGGGGCCUGAACUAACUUUUGCAGAAAAGAAGUCUGAGAAACCGAGGUAGAUAGUGGUGACGAGAGUUCUAGAGGCAAAAUUAAUAGGCGAUAGACUAAUAAAGGUAAAGGGACCCCUGACCAUUAGGUCCAGUCGUGGCCGACUCUGGGGUUGCAGCGCUCAUCUCGCUUUACUGGCCAAGGGAGCCGGCGUCCAGCUUCCGGGUCAUGUGGCCAGCAUGACUAAGCCGCUUCUGGCGAACCAGAGCAGCGCACGGAAACGCCGUUUCCCUUCCCGCUGGAGCGGUACCUAUUUAUCUACUUGCACUUCGACAUGCUUUCGAACUGCUAGGUGGGCAGGAAGACAGACUAAUAGACAACAUUAAAACUGGCAAAUUGCUGGGUCCAGAUGAGAGUUCUUAAAAGAACUCAAAGGUGAAAUUGCUAAUCUUCUAACAAAAAUACUUGCCCCUAUGAUCAGCCUCUACUGGAAAGUAGCCACCAUAACUCCAGUUUUUAGAAGGGGGUCCAGGGGGAUCGUGGAAAUUACAGGCCGGUAGCUUAGUUAGUGUCUGACCCAGGAAAACUGGCGGUAAUUAAUGUUAAAGAUUUAAAAAGCAUAUAGAAGAAAAAUCUUGCUGAAGCAGAACCAGCGUAGCUUCUGCAAGAGCAAGUCCCGUCUCACGUGUUCCUUACAGUUCUUUGAGAGUGUCAACAACCAUAUAGUUAUAGAGGCAUAGUCCUCUCCUCCAUGAAUUUGUCUAAUCCUCUUUUAAAAUCUGGGUUGGUCACCAUCCCUGCCUCUUGUGGCAGCGAGUUCCAUAGGUUAACUAUGCGCUGGAUGAAGAAGAAGUCCAUUCUUUUCUUCCUUUUUUUGCCUGUCCUGAAUCUCCCCUACAUUCACCUUUUUCAGGUGCCCAUGAGUUCUAGUGUUACGCGAGCGGGAAGGGAAAAUCUCUCCUCUCCUCUCCUUUCUCCAUGUCAUGCGGAACUUUAAACUUCUAUCUUGCCAUAGAAUGGUAGACCUGGAAAGGACCCCAGGGAUCAUCUAGUCCAACCCUGUAGCGUUCCCAAAGCAAAGGAAGGAUUGGACUCUGAUUAAUAAAAUACACACGAGGCUUGACCAGCAAGACUCCGGGAGGAGUUCGUAUAACAAUUCCUGCCCACCCCUCGGCCCAGGUCGUUUUAUUCACAAAAUAACUUUUUACAGUGUUCAUAAGAACCAAUCAGAUUUCCUUUGAGCAUUUCAAAAAAACCCACGUGGGAUAAAGUUAAAGUUAAAACUACAAAUAAACUAUUUCCUACUUGAGCAUGCAUAUGUAGUUCAGAGUAAAUAAAAGAGGAAGCAAGGAGGAAUGCUUUUAGGAAACCCCAGAGGUCAUAAACAAGCGGUGAACAGGAGAGGCAGGGUGGCAGUAUUUACCAUCUCCUUCCUGGACCUUAAGAUCUAUCUAAAGAUUAAACUACAUCAAAUAACCUACUAUCUUUAUGUACUGAGGAUGCCUGAUGAAGCAACUGGCCUGUGUUUCAGAAUGCUUAUACGUGCCUGUCAGGCGUAGAGAAAGCAAAUGGCAGAGGUGGAGAGGCUUGUGGGAUUCGAUCCGAAAUUAUUGUCAAUGAAUCAAACCCAGUCAACGCAAUGCUUUCAUCGCCGACACAAUGGCUUGCUUCGUAUUUCAUAAUUCCUCAUAGCAAUCCCACCUGACCACUACACAACCCCCUGCAAUGCAGGAAUCUCAACCAAAGCAUCCGAGGCAGGUGGCCACCCAGCCUCUUCAAGGAAGGAGAGGGUUUUGUCUAAACUUAAAAAGUCCCAAGUGCAGCAACCUUCUACAAGGAAGGAGCCGGCUUGUGCGGUUCCUGAUCUCCCAGGCUUAUGCUGUCGUCCUACGGCCAGGUGAACUAAAUAAUAAUAAUUUAUUAUUUAUACCUCGCCCGUCUGGCUGGGCUUCCCUAGCCACUCUGGGUGGCUUCCAACAAAAUAUUAAAAUACCACAAUACAUCAAAUAUUAAAAGCUUCCCUGAACAGGGCUGCCUUCAGAUGUCGCCUUAAAGUCUGGUAGUUGUUUUUCUCUUUGACAUCUGGUGGGAGGGCAUUCCACAGGGAAGGCGCCACCACCGAGAAGGCCCUCUGCCUGGUUCCCUGUAACUUGGCUUCUCGCAGGGAGGGAACCGCCAGAAGGCCCUCAGCGCUGGACCUCAGUGUCCGGGCAGAACGAUGGGGGUGGAGACGCUCCUUCAGAUAUACUGGACCGAGGCCGUUUAGGGCUUUCAAGGUCAGCACCUAAAGCCACAUGUCUGAACAGGCUCCCCACUGGAGCGCAUCGUCGCCAACCCCCGCUCUGUCUCUUCUUCCAGAGAGUUUCUUCGAUGUGAAUUGAGCUGCGGAGGUCGUGUCGCGGGGGCCCCAAGGCCAAGCAGCCUUCUGGGGAAAUCGCCCGUGGCUUCUGGCCGCACGGGGCUCCGGGAGCAGCGCCGCCGGGAGGACCGCUCGCGUCAGACAAGGAGGCCGACUCUCCCUCACCUCCCGCCGCGCUCUUGGCUUUGCCAGUGACCCCCAUCCCCGUGGCUGCUGGCAAGGGGGCGACGUGCUCUGGGGCUGCUGCUGGGGUGAGCAUCUGCCCUGAGAUCUACAGGUAUAGGGCGGUUAUAUUAUUAUUAUUAUUAUUAUUGUUAUUAUUAUUAUUAUUUGUUGUUGUUGUUCCCUCUCUCCGCCUAGGAGUCCCCAAUAGAACGCCAGAUCAGCCCGAAGGGGAAGCCUCAACUAGAGCCAGGGCUUUUUCGGCCGUGGCCCCGAUCUGGUGGAACGCUCUGCCACAAGAGUCUAGGGCCCUGUGGGACUUGACAUCUUUCCUCAGGGCCCGCAAGACGGAGCUGUUCUGCCAGGCCUUUGGUCUGGGUUCAGUCCGACUCCCUCUCCCCUUUCAUAAGAACUUGCAUGAAAGUGGCCUCCCAGUUUUUCUCACAGGCCCAUAUAAGUUCAGCACAAACAGUUGGGCCUGGUGAGCAUUUAAGGUUCCCAACCCUAAUCUGCGGGUUGCCAUCUGAUUGGAUUUUAUUCUGAUCCUGAUCUGAUUUGAGGAUGUAUUUUAAUUGAUUGUCUGAUUUUAUGUUAAUGUGUUAUACAUUUGAUGUUAGCCGCUCUGAGCCCGGCUUCGGCUGGGCAGGGCGGGAUAUAAAUAAAAUUUAUUAUUAUUAUUAUUAUUGUUAUUACAAGCCACCCAUGCUGCGUGGCUGCAGAGUGGGCAGACUUGUAGUCUUGGGACAGAGAAGAAACACAAGCAUCUUCUUUGCUGGACUGCAUGUCAUUUGCUCUGGCGAGUCAGUGGCACGCUGGACCCAGACCAUGCAAAGAGGGGCAGCAGAGGCAGUUUGCCCGCCUCACCCGCCUGGGAUUCCGGGGCCACCAGCCCCAGGCUUCUGGGCAAUGCAUCCCCAAAAUCACCAGCCCUUCUGUUUGAAUAAGCGUCAAGUCGUAAUAUGCCUUUGAUCUGCUCUCUGCAGGUUCCCUGCUGUUGAGAUUGGACUUCCCAACCUGAGGGGGUGAUCCAGGGCGGAUCCUUGUUAAGCUAUAACGCAGGUGGGCAGCAUGUUUGAAAGAUCCCCUUUCUCCCCCUCCUCCUCCUCCUGUCAGCCACCCCCAGCCCAGAAGCCCAGGACCCUGAACCUCUAGUUCUCUAGAGACCCCUUUCUUCCUUCUUUCCACCUCUUGGCUUAACUCUGUAGGGAUGUGAGUGCACUUUGUCUCAAACUGAGAAACCCUUUUGCUGUGGUUGCCUUAAUAAUAAUAAUAAUAAUUUUUUAUUUAUACCCUGCCCUUCCUGGUUCAAAAACCGGGCUCAGGGCGGCUAACAACAAAUUCAAAACACCGCAUUUUUUGCUCCAUAAGACGCACCUAGUUUUUAGAGGAGGAAAACAAGAAAGCAACGCAAAGCCUCUUGAGCGAAAAGGCAGGAGCGCUCCGGCUGCGCUCAAGAGGCUUUGCAUGUCUAUCCCUGAAGCCAGAAGAGCAAGAGGGAUUGGUACACACCGAUCCCUCUUGCUCUUCUGGCUUCAGCGAAAGCUGCACAGCCUGUAUUCGCUCCCUAAGAUGCACACACAUUUCCCUUACUUUUAGGAGGGGGGAAAUGCGUCUUAUAGAGCGAAAAAUAUGGUAAUUGUAAAAGCAGCAUAAAAUGCAGUAUAAAAACAUGAAUAACAAUAAAAUUCAGAAGUCAGUUAGAUAAUCCCUAGGGCUAGCUGGCCGAAUUGGUCCUACUUGGGCCAGCGAAGAGGCCAGGGGAGAAUUAGCUGUGGGGUCUCAGAGCGGGUGAUCUUCAUAAAAGGGGAGGGAAGGGAAAUAAAAGAUCAGGCUGAAUUCAGAUUAAAGGCCAGGUGGAAUAGCUUUGUCUUACAGACCCUGCGGAAGGAGGUUAAAUCCUGAAGGGCCCUUUGACACCCCUCUCCAUCUACCACUGAGCCACUGGUUAAGAGUGUCAGACUAGGACGCGGGAGAGACCAGGGUUCAAAUCCCUACUCGACCUGGAAGCUCACUGGGUGUGAUGUCGGGGGGGGGGGGGGACGGACAGUCACUGCCUGUCGGCCUAAACUACCUGGUAGGGUUGUUGCGGGGGUUAAGUGAGGAAAAGGAGAACAACCACAUCAGCCACUUUGAGCUCCUUGGAGGGAGAACGUGGGCUAUGGAUGCAAUAGAUAACUGAAUACAAUGAAUACCAGGUUUUUGGGGAAAAGAAGAAAGAAGACGAGCACCAGAGGAAAGCCAGCCCAGGAGCGGCAGAGAUGGCAGCCGAGACACUGAACUUUGGGCCAGAGUGGUGAGUGAGUGUGUGUGUGUGUUUUUAUAUACAUUUUUAUUGGUUUUUUAACAUAUCAUUUCCAACAAUCAUAUAACAUAACUUCUCUUAUACAAUGAUGGUUUCCCGUUCUUUAUCACUUACUCUGCAUUUCUUAAUUUCUCUGUUACUCUUAAUUAUCAUUAACUAAUAAUUCUCCUCAUAGUCUUUCUUGCAAUAUUUCAGAUAACCCUCCUUACAAAACUUCUUGCAGUCUUACUGGCGUAAUCUGUUCAUCACAAUUGCUUUUCAAAUAGUCCAUAAAUUUACUCCAGUCUUCUAAGAAUCUCUGGCCCGCAGGUUUCGAAUCCUUCCUGUUAAUUUAUCCAGUUCUGCAUAGUCCAUCAAUUUCACCCGCCAUUCUGAGCGUGUGUCUUUUGAGGCUGUGCUGCGCCCAGAAAGGCCCUCUGGGGCAGAAGGAAGCUGGGGCAAGCAGCCGACCUCCAGUGGGAAAGGAGGACUUGCUGGACCUGAGGGGUUCAGUGGGAAGAGACGUCUCCCUCCUCCCUGCUGUUUGCCUGACGCACCUCCUCCCUCCUCCUCCCUCUUUCCUCAGGCUCCGCGCUCUCUCCAGUGGCGGGAGCGUCGCUUCCCCCCCACCCUCCCCUGCCAUGCCAAAGUACAAGCUAGCCGAAUACCGAUACGGGCGGGAAGAGAUGUUAGCACUUUAUGUGAAAGACAACAAGGUGAGUGCCGCACGGUUGUGGGUUGGGGAAGUUGUGCCCCCAGCGUGUAGGGCUGCUUGACCACGGGGCGGAUGGUGGGGUGGACUGGGCAAAUUCCGCCCCGGGUUCGAAUUCCUUUCUUCUCUGUUUACAAUUUUUGAAUUGCUGUAUUUUUCGCUCCAUAAGACGCACCUAGUUUUUAGAGGAGGAAAACACAAACAAAAAUAUUCCGAAUCAAAUGUUGUACUAAACUGUUUAAAGCAGCAAAGCAGGCGGUCCUUGUCUGCUUUUCUGCUUUAAAUUUGCUGCUUUAAAGCGAGCCGCGGAGGGGGGACGGACGGGGGCCAUGGCUCCCCUUCCUUCCCUCCUCUGUGGCUCGCUUUAAAGCAGCAGAGUGGACAGGAGCCGCCUACACGUCCCUCCUCCACGCAGCAUUCGCUUCACGAGACACACAGACAUUCCCCCUUACUUUGUAAGAGGGAAAAAGUGCGUCUUAUGGAGCGAAAAAUACGGUACCUUCCCUUUUGCUAAGCUGAAAGGGAACAGCAAUUGCUGAGAUUCCAGCUUGCUUCCUUUGCCCCCUUCCUGUAUCUUCUUUGCUUUCCCCACCCGUCUCCAAGGUUGACCCCUGCCAAAGCAUUGGGCUGGGUCGGGAAGACGCUGGGUGGGCUCCUGAUGGCUUCCUUUCCGCGCUCCUCCCUCCACAGGUCCCGGAGGAGAUCCAGGAUAAAGAGUUCUCUGCCAUUCUCCAGGACGAUCCUCUGCAGCCUCUGGCGUUGGUUCCCUUAACGGAAGAGGAGCAGGUAAAAGCGGUGGCGGUGGCGGCGGCUGGAUCCUAGCCGCAGCGGCUAGGCUGUGCCCUCCACAGUCGGAGGAGCUGUGCUUCUGAAUCUCAGUUGCUGGAAACUGUUGGAGCAGAGAGUUUUGCUCCUGCGCUUGGAUCCUGGUUCCCCAUUGGGGCACCUGGUUGGCCACUGGAUGCUGGACCUGAUGGGGCCCCUUUGGCCACACCCAGCAGCCAGUCAGUUUUAUUGCACAUAGCCAAAGGCUGCCGCAAUGUACACAGAAUCAUUCAACAAUUCAAAGACUGGACUGAUACAUAAAACUUAAAACAUUUAUAUUAUUCAAGACGUUUCCUACUCCAAAGAGAGCGAGAAAAGUAUCUUAAUGUACCAAUUUAGACAUUCAACAAUAAAAUUUAUAAGCUAAAAUUGUCACAUGGCCACAAAUGUAUUAAAAAUUAAUGUUAAUUAAUACAGUGUGCAAUUAUAUUCGGAGUUUGGUGAUAAAGGUAGAAUAUAGCUUGAUGUAGAUGGGGUCAAAUAAAUUCAUCUCCUUUACAGUUGGUGGCUACCUUGGCUAUAUAAUUUGCUCUAAUUUUCCUAGCAGCGGUUGCAAAGAAUGCUACACGCCAGGUCACAUACUUGUCUGCGAGGAGAGAUAAAAUCAUGUCAGAGGGGUUCUGGCCAGGGGACCUUGUCAUUAUAGGUGCUAAAAAUCUUCCUCUUGCUUCAUUAUAUAAGGGGCAGCGCAAGAUAUAAUGCAUAAGGUCCUCUACUUCAGAACAUCCCCUAAUGCAAACAUGUUCAUUUUUUGGUAUGCCUCUGUGUCUCCCAUCUCUAUAAGCAGAGUUUAUUGUAUUUAAUCGUAGCUCUGUAAAAGCUAUCCCAAGUUGUACAAAAGUCAGUUCAUUGAAAUAAGGUGUAUGUUCAUUGGCCUCUCUUGAGUUUAAAAUAUAAUGGGGCACGUGUAGAUGUGUACAUAGAGUUUAGGUCAUUUUUAGUUGCCACUGCCGUUGCGGUUCGUUUAAAGAUAUUUUUCUGGGAAUAUAAAGGAAGCAGUCUCUUUUGACAAACAGUGGAUCCAGAGGUCGCCUCUUCUCAAAUUCUGCUUUCUCUUCCCCCCCCCAAACAUCUGUUUCAGAGGAACUUCUCCAUGUCUGUGAACAGUGUUGCGGUGCUAAGGCUGAUGGGAAAGGGGGCUGGGGCUGCCCCGGCCGGAGUCUCCCGGGGGAGAGGCAGCACCCGGAGCCGAGGUACAGAGGCAUCCUGGGGGCGGUGGGGGUGUAGGCCCCCUUUCCCUUCUUGCCACCUUCCCCUGAUCUCCCUUGAGGAGGCGGCGAGUGGGUUCCUGUUUCCAAAAGCCAGUGCAGUGGUUCGAGUGCCGGACUAGGACCUGGGAGAGAUCAGGGUUCAAAUCUCCCUACUUGGCUACGAAGCUCCCUGGAUGAGUGAGCUUGGAGGCCAGUCAGUGUCUCUCUCAGCCUCACCUACCUUGUUGAGGGAAAUAGGGGAGGAGGGGAGAGAACCAUCUACACUGCCACUUUUGAGCUCCUUGGAGGGACAAGGAUGCGAUAUAGGUAAAGGGACCCCUGACCAUUAGGUCCAGUCGCGGCCGACUCUGGGAUUGCGGCGCUCAUCUCGCUUUACUGGCCGAGGGAGCCGGCGUACAGCUUCCGGGUCAUGUGGCCAGCAGGACUAAGUCGCUUCUGGAGAACCAGAGCAGCGCACGGAAACGCUGUUUACCUUCCCGCCAGAGUGGUACCUACUUAUCUACUUGCACUUUGAGGUGCUUUCAAACUGCUAGCUUAGCAGGAGCAGGGACUGAACAACGGGAGCUCACCCCGUUGCGGGGAUUCGAAUCGCCGACCUUCUGAUUGGCAAGUCCUAGGCUCUGUGGUUUAACCCACAGCGCCACCUGCGUCCCAGGAUGUGAUAUGCAUGCAGUCAAUCAAUCGAUGUUAUUUUGACACCUUACCUCUCUCCACCCCGCAAUUAAAUAGGCCGUGGCCGUGGCGAGAGUGGCUUUUACCAAAGAAGCAUUGAGGAGGCAGAAGGGGCGUUUGGCCGCGGUGGGGUCCGCGAGAUACACCGCAGCCAGAGUUGGGAUGACCGGUGAGUAGGGGUCCUGGCGAGGUGGGGAGAGCUGUGUCUGUGGGUCGCUGUGGGAACCUGCUGCCCUCUUCCGUUGCUCUGACACCCUCUUCUUCUCCUGCAGAGGAGAACGACGGUUUGAGAAGCCCAUCCGACGGGAAGGAGGUACAGUGAUUUCCCGCCUAGAUCGCAGGGUGGUCAGCGGGUUGGCAAGAUCCGUCCUACGUGCAGUUUGCGCCCGCCAGCUUUCUUCCUACCUUGUGCAGGAAGGGAACAGGUCCUGCUAUCCGCCUUUGAAAUGAGGAGCCGUUGUUAGCCUGCGGGCAUUACUGGUAGCAGAGGAGAGCUAUGCCCCUUCUGAAGCGGCCUGCUGCUUUCGUUGCUGGGGGCUUCACUCGCCUGUUCUGGUUCUGGAGUGUGGGGCACUCCGUAGCUCUCUCACCAUUCUGCUAGCUCACCUGUACGCAGUUCCUUUUGGCAUAUGUCUUGCCGGGGAAGCGCUUAAUUGCAAGGGGUGUGGGUGUGUGCGUGCUCCAUCUUUCCCAGCUACUCUUUCGCACCUUGCCUAGGCCAGUAAGAUCUUGGCUGGGGUGGGAGGGCUCAGAGGACCACACUGGACCCUUCGCACCUAACGUCUGGCUUAGAGACCCCUACGCUCGCUCUCGGGCGCUCUUUUAGAGCUUACCGGGGAGCGGGGAGUCGCUCAGGGGUACCCGCAGGAAUACCAGGUCCUCAGAAUGCUCAAUCUGAGUUUUUUUCGGGGUUCCGCGACGCUCUGGCGGUCACCCCAGUCUUCAAAGCGCCGGGGCUCUUUCAGCGGAAAGAGCUCCCGUCCGCCAUUAAUCAGGCGAUCAACCGGAAGUCUGUAUGCCAUACUGUUUUGCUUCAUGAGUAACGUAUCUCUGCCAAAUAAGCUUGCAAAGAUUUGACACAAAUUAAUUCAUCAGCCUCAACUUGAUGGGUUUUGAAAUAAUUGGUCAUAGAGCCUGUAUAAUAAAAAAUAAAUGAAUGGACUUCCGUUACAAACCUUUCAACAGUGGAAUGGAUGACCUCGGAAGGUGGUGGUUUCAGAACCGCAUUGGAGGUUCUGAAACUAAAACUGGGUGGCCACUUGCCACAGCUUCUGCAGCUGAGAUUCCUGCAUUGCAGGGGGUUGGACUAGAUUACCCUCGGGGUCCCCUCUGACUACAAUUCUAUGAUUCCAUGAAAGGCACACACAUAAAGCCAUGGAAGCCCCAUCAAUUUCCCUGCUUAAAAGCUGCCUUCAUGGUGGGUGUGGCAGGUCCUAUCCCACUGAUUGGUGUCCCUGAGGUGGAACAGCCCUAAUAGAGUUAGAAGGGACUCCAAGGGCCAUGUAGCCCAACCCCCUGCAACGCAGGAAGCUUUUGGCCCAACGUGGGGCUCAAACCCGCGACCCACAGAUUAAGCGUAUCGCGCUCUACCAGCUUACCCGCCGCCGUCUCCUCCUUAUUUGAAGCCCGGGCUCCAUUUGAGGAGGUGGUUCCCCCGGGGCGCAAGGAGUUUGCCCGCUCGGACAGCGACAACUGGCGCACCCUCCGAGAGGAGCACGAGGAGGAGGAAGAGGGCAGCAGCGGUGCCGUGGCCGUGGCCAGCUGGCGGCAGAGCGGAGGCCCCCGGCGGGAGAGCGAGCGCUGGCGGUCUGCUAGCCCAGGUGAGAGCCCACGGCGGAAGCAAGCUUGGGGGAGCCAGGAGGAAGAGGGCGUCCGGUUCCGGCCGCCCCCGCAGAGGCCGCAGGAAGGAGAAACGGGUUUGCCCUCAAACCUCCCUCUCUCCCCACAGACGGAGGAGGCCCUCGCUCCGCGGGCUGGCGGGAGCACGGCGGAGAGGGGCGCCGGCGGAAGUUCGAUUUUGACUUCCGGGAGCGGGAGGACGAGCCGCGGAGCGGGCGCCGGCACCGGCACAACAGCGGCAGCUUUGAGGAUGACAAGGACGGCCUCCCAGAGUGGUGCCUGGAGGACGAGGAAGAGGAGAUGGGGACCUUCGACUCCUCCGGGGCCUUCAUGUCCCUCAAGGUGUGCAGAAGGUUCCUAGGUUCCAGCAGCGUUCCCCCAGAAAUCGCUAGGGGAAAGGUCUUCUCUGCUCGGGGUUUUUUCCCCAUUUGUCUGUCUUUCCGUCUAUCUCGCCCACACAGACACAGAUCUAGGGUUUAUCCAUUGGGGGGGGCUGCUCUCAUCUAGGGGGAGAGAGGAGAAGAUGAUGAUGGUUAUUAUUGGCUUACUAAUUGCCUUCUAAGCCACCCUUUUCCCGCCUGCGGUUGAAGACUUUUAUUCCGACAGGCCUUUGGGGGCUGAUUGUUCCUUAAGGAAAUGGUUUUUAAAUCGUGCUGUUUUUAUUAAUUGUCUUGUAAUUGAUCUGCGUUUUAAAAAUACAGUGAUACCUCGGGUUAAAGAUGCUUCGGGUUAAAUCUUUUCAGGUUGCGUCCUGCGGCAACCCAGAAGUGCCAGAAAGGGUUACUUCCGGGUUUCGCCGCUCACGCAUGCGCAGACGCCCAAAGUGAUGUCAUGCGCAGAGGCAGCGAAUCGCGACCCACAGAUGCGGGUUGCGUUCUGCUCCUGUUGCAAAUGGGGCUCCGGAACGGAUCCCGUUGGCAACCAGAGGUACCCCUGUAUUGUUUUAACUCUUGCUAAGUUAAGUUAUUUUUUAAUUAAUAUAUUAAUGUGCUGUUUAGCUUUUUGUAUUUUUUAAAAUUUGUGUAAGCUGUCUUGUGGCCCAGUCUGGGGAAAAGGCAGCGGAAUGAUUAAUAAUAAUAAUAAUAAUAAUAAAUUUACUCUUUGGGGUGAAGGGAGGUCAUAUAGCCCCGGCCAAGUAUCUCUCUCUCUCUCUCUCUCUCCUUGGAGGUUUGGUCGUUCCUUCCCUUACAGCCUGGUUCUUGUUCCUUCCCUUCCCAUAGGCCAUCCUUCCUUUCCCAACUGGAUCCCUUCCGGCUGAUUAAGGACUGUGUAUGGUGAUGAGGGGCAUCCCCGACCGCCCCCCACAUGACUAUUCUGUUAGGAUAUAGUUCCAUUCCACUUUUAGAACAGGCAUGUGGAGUUGUUGCAUGUUACAUAUCUGUUUACUUCCAACACAUUCUGCUGGGAACUUCCGUCGUAUAUAGCUUUUGCUUAUGUUUUUUGCUUGGACACGAAGGGAAGCAGACAUGUUUUCCUUUGUUCUAAUGCCGAAUAAACGCUUGUAUAUACGCCUUGCAUAUGCCUCUGUCCGCCACUUCCAUUGUGGAGAGUUAUUCACUCUGCUGAUUAGAGCGUGCUCAAGUUUCUGAAGCUAUGAGUCGCUGAUUGAUGCUGUUCCAAGGGAGACCGGAGUUUGCCUGGAUGCCGGCCGGUGGCUGAAGGCAGCUGGGGGGGGGCCUGUGAAUUGCCCCCGCCUCCCAGGACGCAUCCCAACAAUAGGGUUAUGGGCCCAGAUCCACGGCACUUAAACGAGAGUAGGGCUGCUGAUGGCUGCUGCGAGACCCGGCAGAGACAGAGGUAUAUGAAGCAAGACUUCUCAAAGCUGACAGCGGCCUCUUCUCUUCUCCUUUUGCAGAAGAGCCCCAAAGAGCCGAUCCUUGAGGAGCAGGAGUUAAGCUUCCAGCCCCUGCAAGAAGAGGAAGAGGAGGAGGAGCUGCCGGAGGCCAAGGACGGCGACAGGAGAGAGGGCGGGGAGGUCCCUGCCAGCCCCACGGCCAAGGAGGGGCCGGAGAGAGGUGAGAGGUUGGGGGAGGUGGACGUGCUCCUUGGACAGAGGGCAGGAAGGCUGUAGGCUUGAGCCCCCACCCCCCCAAAUAACCUCUUUCUGCACCCCUUCCCCUCCUUUUCUCUCAGAACGGAAGGAGCCCCGGCAAGUGCCGGAGGAGAAACUACCUGCUCCUCCCGGUGCCCCAUGGCGAACAGGCCCCUCUUUCCCCACUGCUACUGCCCCCGUGGGUGAAUGCGAGAGUGUCACGCCGGGGGUCUCAUCGAAGGUGGAGGUCUCGGGGCUGGCGCCUGGUGGCAACAAGGAGAAGGAAGCUCUCGAUGGUAUGUGGAUGAGGGAGGAAGGGACUGGCCUGCGAUUCUUCCCUUCUCCUCCUACUUCAAGGGUUGGCAAGGCUUACCAGGCCUGAGCCGGAUCAGACCCGUGGAGCUCCUCCGUGGGCCAGACCGGCACAGCGCAACGGCAGAAAUCGCUUCUGCGCAUGUCCGUGACACCGGAAAUCGCAUCUGCGCAUGUCCGUGGCGCGGAAAUCGCUUCUGCGCGUGCCCAGAUGCUGAAAAUCGCAUCCGCACAGAAGCAAUUUCUGGAGCUGCGGAAGAGAGUCCCUGCACUGCGCCGUGCCGGUUUAGCGCAGCGAGCGGGGACUUCCCAAGCGGGCGGCUGGGUUCGGGGGUGGCUCGUGGGCCGGUUAAAUGGCCUCCAUGGGCCUUAGGUUGCCGACCCCUGUCCUAGCGCUUCCAGGGCGUCACAACGGGCGGCUGCUUGACCGUCUGCUGCAGACUGGUGGAGAAGGCGGGCAGCAACACCGUUAAAUCACGAGGAAACCUGGCAGCAAGGGAAAGGGUUGGCAGGGGCAGAAGUGGGCCAGGCUGGCUUCGUAACCCUCACGGGAGCCUCCUCUUUUGCUCAUGUUGUCUUGCUUGGGGGGCUCUUGGAGACGGGGUCGUUCUGUGCGAGGGGAUGAACCCUCCUCCCUCUCCCACCUCCAGGGGAUCCGUGCCUCCUCAGCCACCCGGCUCAGCUCAACCCGGCUGCUGUGGCUGCCCUUCCCACGCCGGCGUCCUCGUCCGCAACUGCUGCUGCUGCUACUACUGAAUUCACAGUUGGGGACAACGAGGAUGAGGACGGGAUGAAGCACCUGCAGCAGGUGAGCGGGGGCUGCAGGGCCAAGGGAAUCUGUGUUAGGGAAUUGCUGUGUUACUUUUAUUGUUGUUAGCUACCCUGAGCCCGGCUUCAGCUGGGGAGGGCGGGAUAUUAUUAUUAUUAUUACUAUUAUUAUUGAGAGCCAGUGUGGUGUAGUGGUUAAGAGCGGUAGUCUCGUAAUCUGGGGAACCGGGUUCGCAUCUCCACUCCUCCACCUGCAGCUGCUGGGUGACCUAGGGCCAGUCACACUUCUCUGAAGUCUCUCAGCCCCACUCACCUCACAGAGUGUUUGUUGUGGGGGAGGAAGGGAAAGGAGAAUGUUAGCCGCUUUGAGAUUCCUUAAAGGGAGUGAAAGGCGGGAUAUCAAAUCCAAGCUCCUUCUUCUCUUUCUUCUUCUUUCUUCUUCUUAUUAUUGAGAAUCACUCUGCAUGGGAUCGCUCCUGGACUCUGGCUUGUGUGGGUUGGUUGGCUGGUUGGUUGCAGUAAACGUGUUUUCGUGGCUGGCUCCCACAUUCACUGCAGAAGCUCUGAAUCUUCUUGCUGAGGCGGGGCUGCCCCCAAAUUACUAGGUCAAGAUCCCAGCCUUUUGGGCUUUGGUUUGAUUCAUAACAGACUUUUACGAGACAUCUGAAGGCAGCCCUGUGUAGAAAAGCUUUUAAUGUUUGACGGACUAUUGUAGUUUAAUAUUUUGUUCAAAGCUGCCCUUAGUGGCUGGGAAAACCCAGCCAGAUGGACGGGGAAUUAAUAAUAAUAAUAAUAAUAAUAAUAAUAAUAAUUUAACACUUUUAGCUGCCCCCAGGUGUAGCUGUGGGUUAAACCACAGAGCCUAGGACUUGCCGAUCAGAAGGUUGGCGGUUCGAAUUCCCGCGACGGGGUGAGCUCCCGUUGCUCGGUCCCUGCUGCUGCCCACCUAGCAGUUCAAAAGCACGUCAAAGUGCAAGUAGAUAAAUAGGUACUGCUCCGGCGGGAAGGUAAAUGGUGUUUCCGUGCGCUGCUCUGGUUUGCCAGAAGCGGCUUAGUCAUGCUGGCCACAUGACCCGGAAGCUGUACGCCAGCUCCCUCGGCCAAUAAAGCGAGAUGAGCACCGCAACCCCAGAGUCGGCCACGACUGGACCUAAUGGUCAGGGGUUCCUUUACCUUUACCUUUAUCUCAACCAGGUAAGUGGCUCACAGCAAUGACCAUGGAAAAGCAGUCGGAUUAACACAGGCUUCCUCAACCUCGUCCCUCCAGAUGUUUUUGGCCUACAACUCCCAUGCUCCCUAGCUAGCAGGCCCAGUGGUCAGGGAUGCUGGGAAGUGUAGUCUCAAAAAACAUCUGGAGGGCCAAGUUUGAGGAAGCCUGGAUUAAUGCAUACCAGGUUUGUAAAGAAGCGAAAAUAUUUCAGUGACGGUGGGAUAGCUAGGAGCCGGUGUUGCAGGUGUCCGACUCUUAAGGGUCAUCCAGCCCAACCCGCCGCAGUGCAAAAUAUUUCGAAGUAGUGUGUGUGUGGGGGUGUCGUGUGCGUUUCUCGGUGUGCGUUUUCGCAAGCUUGCGACAGACGCGCAUCAUCUCCCUGCGCAUUUCUCCCCCAACCCUCUCUGCCCCCUUUUCCCUGCCUGCCCCCAGGAAGCAGAGAAGAUGGUGGCUUCCUUGCAGGACAGCUCUCUGGAGGAGGAGCACUUCACCCAGACCAUCGUGGACCACCGCAACACGGCCGCCGCCUUGCCGCUCUCCCACGAGGCAGCCAUGAAGUGGUUCUACAAGGAUCCCCAGGGGGAGAUCCAAGGUGAGCUGUGCAAUAGGAUUGAAAUUGCCAAAAAAAGAUGUUAGAUUGUUUUUGUAUGCCACUACAGCGGCAAGGCGUGGGACGCGGGUGGCGCUGUGGGUUAAACCACAGAGCCUAGGGCUUGCCAAUCAGAAGGUCGGCGGUUCAAAUCCCCACGACGGGGUGAGCUCCCGUGGCUCCUGCCAACCUAGCAGUUCGAAAGCACGUCAAAGUGCAAGUAGAUCUAUAGGUACCACUCCGACGGGAAGGUAAGCGGCGUUUCCGUGCGCUGCUUUGGUUCGCUGUGCGCCGUCUCCCUUGGCCAGUAAAGCAAGAUGAGCGCCGCAACCCCAGAGUCGGUCACGACUGGACCUAAUGGUCAGGGGUCCCUUUACCUUUUUACAGCAGCAAGGUGGUGAUGUAGUGAUGUAUGGAAGUGAGAGCUGGACCAUAAAGAAGGCUGAUGGCUGAAGAAUUGAUGCUUUUGAAUUCUGGUGCUGGAGGAGACUCUUGAGAGUCCCAUGGACUGCAAGAAGAUCCAACCUCUCCAUUCUGAAGGAAAUCAGCCCUGAGUGCUCACUGGAAGGACAGAUCCUGAAGCUGAGGCUCCAAGACCUUGGCCACCUCAUGAGAAGAGAAGACUCCCUGGAAAAGACCCUGAUGUUGGGAAAGAUGGAGGGCACAAGGAGAAGGGGACAACAGAGGACGAGAUGAUGGGACGGUGUUCUCGAAGCUACCAGCAUGAGUUUGACCAAACUGCGGGAGGCAGUGGAAGACAGGAGGGCCUGGCGUGCUCUGGUCCAUGGGGUCACGAAGAGGCGGACACGACUAAAUGACUAAACAACAACAGCAACAAGACUGCUUUUAGCUAAAAAUUGGAAAUCUCAAGAAAUACAAACAACAGAAAGAUGGCAGAUGAAGAUUGUGGACUUUUUGGAACUGGCCGACCUGACUGGAAGAAUCCGCGACCAGAAAGAAGAGGGGCAUCAAGAAGAUUGGAAGAACUUCAAAGAAUACUUAGCCAAAUAUUGUAACAUAAGAUAAUUAGAAGAUACUUGGAAGUAUCAAAUAGGCUUAGGAUUAGAACAAGAAUUAACUGUAAAGCAUUAAGGAUUAGAAGACCAAUAAAAGAGAAGUGGAUAGUAAAUUGAAGGAGAUAAUUUUUAUUAGAAAUAUGAUUUUGGAGAACUGUUACAAGGUGAUACAAUGAAAUUCCGUUAGGGGGGAUUUGAGGAAGCCAUUUAACAAUGUAAGUUAAAUUAGGUCUUAAAAGUGUCGUCCCCCCUUCUUUAGUAUUGUAAUGUGUUUUCGUUUGCGUGUUUUGUAUGUUAUUUCUGUUAUAAAUGUGAAAAUUAAUUAAAAAAAAUUGGGGGGGGGAAAGGUGAGCUUUGCAGCCAGGAAGGGUGUGUGUGUGUGUGUGUGUGUGUGUGUGUGGAGCACAGCGGCUGCUCUGCAUCCGCAGCCCCGAUUCUCCCCCCUCGGAUCACUGACCUGCCCCUUCCUGUCUCUCCAGGCCCCUUCACGACUCAAGAGAUGGCUGAGUGGUUCCAGGCCGGCUACUUCACCAUGUCCCUGCUGGUGAAGCGAGGCUGCGACGAGGGCUUCCAACCACUGGGUGAAGUCAUUAAGAUGUGGGGAAGAGUGCCUUUCGCUCCGGGUCCAUCGCCACCCCCCUUGCUGGUGAGAGGACCAGGGAGGGGAUGGUGGGGUGGGGGAGAAGGCGAGGUUUUUGUGUUUUUAACCGAGAUCGAUGGAUGGAGGGCAGUACAGCGGUACCUUGGUUCUCAAACUUACUCCUUUCUGGAAGUCCGUUCCAGAACCAAAGCGUUCCAAAACCAAGGCACGCUUUCCCAUAGAAAGUAAUGCAAAACGGAUUAAUCCGUUCCAGACUUUUAAAAACAACCCCUAAGACAGCAGUUUAACAUGAAUUUUGCAAUCUAACGAGACCAUGGAUCCAUAAAAUUCAUGGCCUAGGACCCUCGUACUUAGGGGACCGCCUCUCCCAAUAUGCCCCGCGGAGGACCUUAAGGUCCACAAAUAGCAACACCCUGGAGGUCCCGGGCCCUAAGGAAGUCAGAUCAGCCUCAACGAGAGCCAGGGCCUUUUCAGCACUGGCCCCGGCCUGGUGGAACGCUCUGUCUCAUGAGACCAGGGCCCUGCGGGAUCUGAUUUCUUUCUGUAAGACAGAGUUCCGCCUGGACUUUGGCUGGAAUCAACUUGAUCCCCUUCCCCUCUUUUCUUUUUCCUUUCUCAUUCUGUGAAGGAACUCCUAUCUGGGGACUUCCCUGGCUUUUUUCUGGCCCACGUAGGACCAGUCUGGAUAGUUGGCCUUGGUGAAGAUUUGACGUUUUCAUCCCCCAGAAGUUUUUGAUUAGAGUUUCUACUGAAAUGAGGCUGCAUUUUAAUGUUGUACUUAAUCUUGUUUUUAAGUUGUGUUUCAAUCAAUUGUUUUUAUACCUGGUGUUAGCUGCCCUGAGCCUGGUUUUGGCUGGGGAGGGCGGGGUACAAAUAAAAUUGAUUAUUUUUUGUUAUUAUUAUAAAAUGAAAGCAAUCAACAACUUACUGCAGUCACACAAUCAAUCAGUAGCUGAACUGGGUUCCACACAGUCACAAAAACAGAAGAAAGAGCCACAAAAACACAAAAUAAAUAGCCCAAACAGACAGACCUCAGCACAACACUCAAAACGGAAGUGUGGCACUUAAAUCGGAAGCGUAACGCUGAAAACGGAGUAAGUUCGGCUUCCGGAAAAAGUUCACAAACCGGAACGCUUCCUUCCGGGUUUGCAGUGUUUGGCUUCCAAGUUGUUUGAGUACCAAGGCGUUUGAGAACCAAGGCACCACUGUAUACACAUUUAAAUGGUGAUGGAUUGUGACGCCCAUCGCCUGUUGAGCCACGCUCCCUCCCUCAACUCCCUCGGCCGCUUCCCUGCUUGUGACCUGGGCUGGUUUUGUGUCUUCUCCUGUCUGCCCAGGGAAACAUGGACCAGGAGCGCCUGAAGAAGCAGCAGGAGCUGGCCACCGCUGCCCUCUACCAGCAGCUCCAGCACCAACAGCUGCUUCAGCUCGUCAACAGGUAGCCUACCUCGCAGGGCGCUCGCCGUGGUUCCCUUGAAGAUUGAUUGCGUUGCACAAGAGGGGGAGGUGAUGGGGGGUGCAGGCCGAUCUCAGGAGGUCAGAGCUGCUACUUCGCAAGCAGCAGAUGGGUUCCUGACACCCCUUCUCCCCCUUUCCUUUCCCCCCACAGCAGGCAGUAUGCCCAGUGCUCCCUCCAGCAGAAGGUGGCGGCGGGGGACCUGACGCAGCAACAGCUCACCACCUUCCUGCAGCAGCUGCAAGCUCUCAAGCCAAGGUGAGGCCUGUGGCCCCGGAGUCCCAGGGAAGGAGGCUUCCCAGCAGCCCUUCUCCCAAGCUCCUCACUGUCAGCCCAGUAAUAAUAAUAAUAAUAAUAAGGUAAAGGGACCCCUGACCGCUAGCUCCAGUUGUGACCGAGUCUGGGGUUGCGGCGCUCAUCUCGCUUUAUUGGCCGAGGGAGCCGGCGUACAGCUUCUGGGUCAUGUGGCCAGCAUGACUAAGCCGCUUCUGGCGAACCAGAGCAGCGCACGGAAACGCCGUUUACCUUCCCGCCAGAGCGGUACCUAUUUAUCUACUUGCACUUUGACGUGCUUUCGAACUGCUAGGUUGGCAGGAGCAGGGACCGAGCAACGGGAGCUCACCCCGUCGUGGGGAUUCAAACCGCUGGCCUUCUGAUCGGCAAGUCCUCGGCUCUGUGGUUUAACCCACAGCGCCACCCGCGUCCCAAUAAUAAUAAUAAUACUAAUUUAUUAUUUAUACCCCGCCCCUCUGGCUGGGUUUCCCCAGCCACUCUGGGCGGCCUCCAACAAAGCACUAAAAUACAAUAACCUAUUAAACAUUAAAAGCUUCCCUAAACAGGGCUGCCUUUAGAUGUCUUCUAAAAGUCUGGUAGUCGUUGUUCCCUUUGACAUCUGGUGGGAGGGCGUUCUGCAGGGCGGGUGCCACCACUGAGAAGGCCCUCUGCCCGGUUCCCUGUAACUUGGCUUCUCGCAGGGAGGGAACUGCCAGAAGGCCCUCGGAGCUGGACCUCAGUGUCCGGGCUGAACGAUGGGGGUGGUGAUGCUCCUUCAGGUAUACAGUCUUCUCUCGCUGCACCCAGGGGUGUUUAUGAUCGUUCAUUCCAUCUGCUAGUCGCUUUGUUUUGCCCAAGGCAGCCAGAAGUGACUCACAACCACUCAAUAAUAAUAAUAAUAAUUUAUUACUUAUACCCCAGGGACUCAGGUGGCGCUGUGGUGUAAACCACCGAGCCUCUUGGGCUUGCCAAUUGGAAGGUCGGUGGUUCAACUCCCCGCAACAGGGUGAGCUCCCGUUGCUCAGUCCCUGCUCCUGCCAGCCUAGCAGUUCGAAAGCACGUCAAAGUGCAAGUAGAUAAAAUAAAAUUAAAAAAUUCCUUCCAGUAGCACCUUAGAGACCAACUAAGUUAGUUAUUGGUAUGAGCUUUCGUGUGCAUGAACACUUCUUCAGAUACACUGAUAGCUUUAUCAUGUAUAAUGAGAUAAGAAUCCAAUUCUUAUCUCAUUAUACAUGAUAAAGCUAUUUUUAGCCAUCUCACCCUUUGCUUUUUCCUGUAAGACCAAUUGCAGUCGUUAACAGUCAUCAACAGGUUUACCUCACCUGUCAGCCAAUCGCCCAUUCCUACCACCCUUCUGAGUAAUACCCCUCCCCACCCUCUCACUAUAUAUAAGGGUCUGGUGACUUCUAUUUCAGUGUAUCUGAAGAAGUGUGCAUGCACACGAAAACUCAUACCAAUAACUAACUUAGUUGGUCUCUAAGGUGCUACUGGAAGGAAUUAUUUUAUUUUAUUUUGUUUUGACUACGGCAGACCAACACGGCUACCUGUCUGUAACUGCAAGUAGAUAAAUAGGUACCACUCAGGCGGGAAGGUAAACGGCGUUUCUGCGCGCUGCUCUGGUUUCGCCAGAAGCGGCUUAGUCCUGCUGGCCACAUGGCUCCCUCGGCCAAUAAAGUGAGAUGAGUGCUGCAACCCCAGAGUCGUCCGUGACUGGACUUAACUGUCAGGGGUCCUUUGCCUUUUUUUACUUAUACCCUGCCCAUCUGGUUGGGUUUCAAAAGACUCCACGUAGCUACAUUAAAACCAAAACAGGUGGAGGAGAAGGAGUAAUGCACUGAAAACAUCCCCCCUGCUCUUUACUGAUUAUAAUUUUCGAUGCUUUUAGCUGUUAUUAUUUUUAUCUGUGCAGGUGAAACUCAAAAAUUUAGAAUAUCGUGGAAAAGUUCAUUUAUUUCAGUAAUUCAACUUAAAAGGUGAAACUAAUAUAUGAGAUAGACUCAUGACAUGCAGAGCGAGAUACGUCAAGCCUUUAUUUGUUAUAAUUGCGAUGAUCAUGGCGUACUGCUGAUGAAAACCCCAAAUUAACAAUCUCAGAACAUUAGAAUAUUGUGAAAAGGUGCAGUAGCUAUUCAAUCCAUAGCACCUGCAAUGGGUUCCUGAGCCUUUAAAUGGUCUCUCAGUCUGGUUCAGUAGGAAGCACAAUCACGGGAAGGCUGCUGACCUGACAGUUGUGCACAAAGCCAUCCUUGAGACCCUCCAUAAGGAGGGGAAGCCUCAAAAGGUAAUUGCAGAAGAAGUUGGAUGUUCCCAAUGAUUUCAUUUAAUAUUCUGAUUUUCCGAGACUGUUAAGUUGGGGUUUUCACCAGCUGUACGCCAUGAUCACCACAAUUAUAACAAAUAAAGGCUUGACAUACCUGGCUUUGCAUGUCUUGUGUCUAUCUCAUAUACAGUGGUACCUCAGGCUAAGUACUUAAUUCAUUCCGGAGGUCCGUUCUUAACCUGAAACUGUUCUUAACCUGAAGCACCACUUUAGCUAAUGGGGCCUCCUGCUGCCGCCGCGCCGUCGGAGCCCGAUUUCUGUUCUCAUCCUGAAGCAAAGUUCUUAACCUGAAGCACUAUUUCUGGGUUAGCGGAGUCUGUAACCUGAAGCGUAUGUAACCUGAAGUGUAUGUAACCCGAGGUACCACUGUAUUAGUUUCACCUUUUAAGUUGAAUUACUGAAAUAAAUGAACUUUUCCACAAUAUUCUAAUUUUUCAAGUUUCACCUGUAUGCUUUUAGCUGUUACUAUUUUUAUCCGUAAGCUGCCUUGAGUCCCUGUUAGGGAAAAAGGUGUUGUAUGAGAAAAUCUAUGUGAUGGUGAUGAUAAUUAUAACCAGAUGUCUCAGCGGGAAACACACAAGCGGCCCCUGAACAUUAUCUCUUGUGGUUUCCAGCAACUGGGAUUUGUUCAAAAGCAUUGCUGUCUCCCAGCCGCGGAGGCGCAGCAUAGCCAACCAUGGUUUAGCAGCCGUGGCUGGUCUUCCCAGCUUCCACGGGUUUGUCCGAUCCUCCUUUGAAGCCCUGAGACGGUUGAGUUUCUCCCCUGCCCCCUAACUUUGCCACUUUGCUUGUUUCCAGAGCCGGGGAGCAGGGAAUGAUUCCUUCUAUGAACCGAUCAAUAUCUGUGCCAGAUACCGGGUCCCUGUGGGACACACAUACCUCAGCCUCACCGCAAGCAGGUGACAACUCGGGCCUCUGUGCAUAAAAAGAGUGAAAGAGAAGGAGGAGGUGGUUUGGCGCAGUUCCAAGAGCAGGGCCUUGGCGUUCAGCCAGUCACAGUUCUUGGAAUGCAGUUUAGUACUCGUGGGCUGGGUUCAAAUCCUUACUCACCCCUAACCCCCCGAAUGGGAUUGUUCCUCAGCUGGCUUGCAAGGUGAUUGUAUGACCUAAGAAUUGCCUGACCCCGCAAGCGCCCGCUCAGCCACUUGGGUCAGUGGAAUUGGCACUGCUUCAGAUGUUUAGAAAAUGGGUAAUGGUUUUAAUCUGUCGUUGCUUUAAUUUUUUUAAAAAAUUUUUUGUUAGAGCGUUUAUUAAUUUUCCAAUAAAAGACAUCCAAUUAACAUAUCAAAUCAUAAUCCAAUAAAAAAAACAAAAAAAUCCAAUUGUCUUCCGAAUUUACCGUAUUUUUCGCUCUAUAAGACGCACCAGACCACAAGACACACCUAGUUUUCGGAGGAGGAAAACAAGAAAAAAAAUAUUCUGAAUCUCAGAAGCCAGAACAGCAAGAGGGAUCGCUGCACAGUGAAAGCAGCAAUCCCUCUUGCUGUUCUGGCUUCUGUGAUAGCUGCGCAGCCUGCAUUCGCUCCAUAAGACGCACACACAUUUCCCCUUACUUUUUAGGAGGGAAAAAGUGAGUCUUGUAGAGCAAAAAAUACGGUAAUUCUAAUUUUACGACUUGCCACAAUCUGAAUGUCAAAGCAACUCCAAAUUUCAGUCCUGCCUCUCACGAUAGUUCCAUAUUUCCAUAUCCGAUUUUAUCUCUUCAAGCUUCUUGUUGCUUUAAAUUUUUAAAAGUCCCAGAUUGCUAUUAUUUUUUCUUCCCCUUUGUUUUAUUGGAAACCUCUCCGGAGUUUUUCCCCCCUCCUUAAAAAAAGAAAGAAAGCAGUGUAUAAAUUUUGUGAAAGUAAAAAAAGAGAAUAAAACAGGAUAACUUCCUUAUCUUCCAAGCCGGCUCGCCGCUAGCAUUCGAAAACCGAGGCGCAGGCGUCUGGAUCUCACAGGGCUCUUCCUUGGGAAUUAAGGUUGGGGAGUUUUAAUGUUGGUCUCUCGCACACAAGCAAAACAGCAGCUACACGUGCCUCAGUCAAGGGCGUGUGUGUGUGUGGUUUUGAGCAACAUUCGUUCAAUCAUCACCUUUCUUUUCCCGUUCGUAGAACUAGAAUCACCCUUGGCGUGGGUGGGUCUUCCAUUUCCCCGUAGCUCACAGAUUAAAGUUCAGCGGUUGCGAAACCUUUAUCAAAAUACAUUCAAAGUCCACUGGGAGAAAAACGUGAGUGCAGGUAGAAGUGUAAGCAGAGCGGCAGGCCUAAGCUUGACUUUACACCCCUGGCUCCCCGAGUUGGCAGUGGGGUAACCUGGGAUUGGGGUGUGUGUGCUAAGAGCCAGGUUGGGGGGGGGCCUGGAGGUUUAAAUGACCACCAGACGCCAAAAAAGCUGGUAUCAGGCUCGUCAAAUAACAGACCAGAGGAUUUCAUUAAACGAAGCGGCUUCAAUUGGAUUUGAAUAAAGGUGCAAUUAAUCGCCACUGUUUUGAGUUUUACCUUCCGGGGUCGGGCAAACCACUGUUCCGAACAAUGCUUUUUAUAGGGUUGGGGGGCACUGGACACGAGGGAUCAAACUCGUGAUUUUCAUAUGGCUAACGCCUCUUCUCUUCUCCCACCCACGGCCUCAAAUUCCCUCUUUUCUCUUUCCAGGCGGUGAGGCCAGCUUAUGGGAUAUUCCAAUUAAUUCUUCAACUCAGGGUCCAAUCUUAGAACAACUUCAACUGCAACAUAAAGUGAGUUGCGCGUUGCGUGGCAGGGCUGGGGUGUGCGUGUGUGGUUGAAUUGGGGCCUACCUGCAACUUAGGCUCCGUGGCGGGGAAUCUGCCUUGCCCUCGGAAGGUGCCCGGACUGAUCCCCAAUGGCAUAAUAAUAAUAAUAAUAAUUAUUAUUAUUAUUAUUAUUUAUACCCCGCCCUCCCCAGCCAAGGCUGGGCUCAGGGCAGCUAACAAGCAAUAAUAAAAACAAGUUGAAUGAAUACAACUUAAAAAUAAGAUUAAAAUACAACAUUAAAAUGUUGAAACAUUAAAAUAUUAAAAUGCAGCCUCAUCACAGGAGGAGAAAGGAAAAAGAAAAAAAGAAAGAGGGGGAGGGAAUCAAAUUGGCUCCAAGCCAAAGGCCAGGCGGAACAACUCUGUCUUCCAGGCCCUGCGGAAAGAAAUCAGAUCCUGCAGGGCCCUGGUCUCAUGAGGCAGAGCGUUACACCAGGCCGGGGCCAGUGCUGAAAAGGCCCUGGCUCUGGUUGAGGCUAAUCUGACUUCCUUAGGGCCCGGGACCACUAGGGUGUUGCUAUUUAUGGACCUUGAGGCUCUCCGUCAGGCAUACUGGGAGAGGCAAUCCCAUAGGUACAAGGGUCCUAGGCCGUGAAGGGCUUUAAAGGUCAAAACCAGCACCUUGAACCUGACCCUGUACUCCACUGGGAGCCAGUGCGGCUGGAAAAGCACUGGGUGAAUAUGCUCCCAUGGCAGAGACCCCGUGAGGAGCCUCGCUGCAGCAUCCUGCACCCGCUGGAGUUUCUGGGUCAGCUUCAAGGCCAGCCCCGCGUAGAGCGAAUUACAGUAGUCAAGCCUGGAGGUGGCCGUCGCAUGGAUCACUGGCCAGGUCACCUUCAGACAGACUUCCCCGCCUAAAACCCUGGGGCCACUCUGGGCAGGCGGUGCUGCGCUCGAUGGGACCCCCGGCCGCCUGGUUCUGUUUAAGGCGGCCCCUCGCCCCCUAACCGGCUUGUCCAACCCCUUCCCACCCCACAGCUACAAGAGCGGAGAGGCGCCGAACUCAGGGCUAAGAGGGACGAGGACGAGCGGAAACGGCGCCAGGAGGAGCAGAAGCGCCGCGAGGAGGAGGAGGUGUUCCGGCGCAAGCAGGCAAGGGCAGCCAGCGCCAGCACGGCCUCCCAUGCGCAGGUGGGGCCCCAGCCCGAUAGCUCUCCUUCUUCCCCGGCCCAGGCAGCCCUCCCUCUUCCUCCAGCUCAGACCCCUUGCGAGCGUGUGGGCCCACGGGAACUCUUGUCCUGUGGGUGUUCAGCGGCUUCCUUCCUCUCCCCCCCCCCUUUCUGAAGGCUCUGGGACUUGACCUGGGUGGGGGUGCUGUUUGGAAGAAAGUGGGGGCCUUCUUUGGGUGGCUUUUGGGGAAAAAUUCAUUUUUUUUUUGGAAUUUGCAUUUUAUGUGUUAACAUUCUUAUAUUACAUCGGUAAACGUUGUCAUAUUACAUUACAGGACUUACUAUAAUUUCCAAUACGUAUACAAAAAAAAAUUUAUGGUAAACGUCACAUUACAGGGCUUACUAUAAUAUAAUUUCCAACAUGUAUAGAAAAAAAAAUUAUGGGAUGCGGGUGGCGCUGUGGGUUAAACCACAGAGCCUAGGGCUUGCCGAUCAGAAGGUCAGCGAUUCAAAUCCCCGCAACGGGAUGAGCUCCUGUUGCUCGGUCCCUGCUCCUGCUAACCUAGCAGUUCGAAAGCACGUCAAAGAGCAAGUAGAUAAAUAGGUACCGCUCCGGUGGAAAGGUAAACGGCGUUCCGUGCGCUGCUCUGGUUCGCCAGAAGCGGCUCAGUCCUGCUGGCCACAUGACCCGGAAGCUGUACGCCGGCUCCCUCGGCCAAUAAAGCGAGAUGAGCGCCGCAACCCCAGAGUACGGCGGCUUCCUCGGCCGAUAAAGCCUGACGUAUUAGCGUUGGGCUAUUGUGUCUACUAUUUGGCCUUCAUAGCAUAGGCUGUCGACGGCGGUAUAUAGGCUGAUAUUUUGCUAGUUGGGGUUGGGUGGAACAGGGGGUAUCGAUUGUAGGACAGGCUCCUCUAGGUUGAUAUGGGACACCGUCAAGUCCUUUGAGUUUCAAGUUUUUCACUUGUAGUUCUCUGGCGGAAAGUACUGUAUAGGUAACUAUCAAUGUUCAGGGCUUAGCAUAGUAGGGUAUCUAAUCCUAGUUUGUUUCUAAGCUUUUGUGUGGAGUUAAUUCCCUCUCUCCUCUGCCUCCAGCUACCCUCUUCCUCGUCGUGGGGCCAGCAGUCCGUGAACAGCUCUUCCUCCACCCAGAAUAGCUUCAGCAUCUCGGAUAUCCAGAAACUGGGGGACGUGCGGGCCUUGCGGGAAGAGGUGAGUCGUGCUCUGGUGCGGGUUUUUGGGUGGGGUGGCCCUCCUGGAUUGCCGGGCGCCCGGCUCACUUCUCGCCCUCCCUUCUUGAUGCCUCUCCCCCCAGUGCCGCCACCAGGAGCUCCUGAAGCUGAUCCAGCAGCAGCAGAACUCUCACCCGCUGUGGACCAAGCAGAACGUCUCCAUGAAAGCCCUUCUGGAAUUGCAGCAAGAGACUGAGAGGCACAUGCAGAAACAGCAGCAGAGGGCGCAGCAGAGAGCCGUGAGUCAGCCCCCCCCCGCUCCCCCCCGGGGGGCAGCUUGAGAGGACCCAGCCAGGCGAAGGAAAGAAUAAUAAUAAUAAUUUAUUCUUUGUACCCCGCCUAUCUGGCUGGGUUUCCCCAGCCACUCUGGGGCGGCUUCCAACAAUGAUUAAAAACACAUCAAAAUGUCACACAUCAAAAACUUCCCUGAACAGGGCUGCCAGUUUACCUGUGUAAAGGGCCUUCGAUGACGACGUACUGAGUUUCCCCAGCCACUCUGGGCUGCUUCUAACAAAGUAUAAAAACGCCGUAAGACAUCCAGCAUCAAAAGCUUCCCUAAACAGGGCUGCCUUCAGGUGUCUUCUAAAAGUCAGAUAGUUGUUUAUUUCCUUGACAUCUGGUGGGAGGGCGUUCCACGGGGCGGGUGCCACCACCAAGAAGGCCCUCUGCCUGGUUCCCUGUAAGCUCGCUUCUCACAGUGAGGGAACCGCCAGAAGGCCCUCGGUGUUGGACCUCAGUGUCCAGGCAGAACAAUGGAGGUGGAGACGCUCCUUCAGGUAUACUGGGCCUUGAGGCCGUUUAGGGCUUUCAAGGUCAGCACCAACACUUUGAAUUGUGCUCAGAAACGUACUGGGAGCCAAUGUAGGUCUUUCAGGACCGGUGUUAUAUGGUCUCUCAGUCCCCAGUCUAGCUGCCACAUUCUGGAUUAGUUGCAGUUUCCGGGUCACCUUCAAAGUAGCCCCACGUAGAGCGCAUUGCAGUAGUCCAAGCGGGAGAUACCGUUUUUUCACUCUAUAAGGUGCACCAGAGCAUAAGACGCACCUAAGUUUUUGGAGGAGGAAAAUAAGGGAAAAAGUAUUCUGAAUCCCAGAAGCCAGAGCAGCAAGAGUAUAAAUAAUAAAUUCUAUUCUAUUCUAUAAGUAAUUAUUAUUAUUAUUAUUAUUAUUAUUAUUAUUAUUAUUAUUAUUAUUGGUGUUGGUGGCGUUGUUAUUUCAGCAGCAGCUGUCUUGGGGUUGGGCUUCUGCAAGCAGGUUCCAGCUUCUCCCUUUCUCCCCGUAGCACGGCGGCCACAGUCUGACCAGCCUCCCGUCUCAGUGGGGGGCCGACUCGAGCCCGCUGUGGGGAGCCCAUGAGAAGAACAGCUCCAUCAGCCUCUGGGAGGAGAGCAUGAAGAACGCCGGCCCGCUCGCCCGGAGCCUGGGCUUGAAGAACAGCCGCAGCAGCCCGUCCCUGGGGUGAGCAGCGGGGCGGGCGGGCGGUGGGGCUUGGCCAGGGGAGAGGGGCAGGAUCCGACCUCUCACACACACGCACAUCCUGGUCUCCUUCCCUUCCAGGGACACGUACACCGCCUCCUGUCGUCAGAGCCGGAAGAAGACGGACGAGGAGGAGAAGCUGCUGAAGCUGCUUCAGGGAAUCCACAAGCCGCAGGACGGUUUCACGCAGUGGUGUGAGCAAAUGCUCCAUGCCCUCAAUACCUCCAGCAACCUUGAUGGUAUGGGGGGAGGCGGGAGGGGGAGGGGGGAGAAGUGGAAGAGGAGGGACAGCAGGACAGGGGGACCCCCUCCCCCCCCAGGCUGCCCCGGGGUGGAUCAGAAGGAGGGUAGCGCAGGCCCAGAGGCGGUCAGUCGAGAAAACCCCGGACCUCAGCGGGGGUUGGGAUAGAUGACCCCCCGGGGUCCCCUCCAGCUCCACGAAAAAGCUGUUUUUUGGUGCCAGAUUUUAGCAGCGCGGGAGGGGGCGGUUUUAACGGCACCUGCGUGGAUCCUUGCUUCGCGCAUGGAAGAGGGUGUAGGCAGGUUGUGAAUACGUGCACCCCCCCAAAAAAGAUUUUAGCUGGAAAUUUGGAGGGAGACCCCCGAGCAGCCUCAGCAAAGCCCUGUUACAUCUCUGCCUCGUGAGGAGACCCUCCCUGGAGCCCAAAGGGGGCGUCCUCUUCAGGGUCCAGGGAAGGCCUCCUCGUGAGUUGGAAGCACUGUGAGGCGGGCUCCCCCCCCAACUUAACGCCCAUUUUGCGUAAACGGGAAGUCAUCUGUAAUAAAUGGGAACAAAUAAAGCAUGUUUUUAAAAGCAGUUGUCCCACAAAGACUGCAUAUAUACAGUCCUCGGGUUACAGCCGCUUCAGGUUGCGGUUUUUUUGGGUUGUGGACCGCCGAAACCCGGAAGUACGGGUUACUUCCAGGUUUCGGCGGUCGUGCAUGCGCAGAAGCGCUAAGUCGCACUUUGCACAUGUGCAGAAGUGCCAAAUCCAGUAUAACUGAAGGAGUGUCUCCACCCCUCACUGUGAGAAGCAAAGCUACAGGGAACCAGGCAGAGGGCCUUCUUUGGUGGUGACGCCCGCCCUGUGGAACGCCCUCCCACCAGAUGCCAAAGAGAACAAUAACUACCAGACUUUUAGAAGACAUCUGAAGGCAGCCCUGUUUAGGGAAGCUUUUAAUGUAUUACAAUAUUUUAAUAUUUUUUUGGAAGCCGCCCAGAGUGGCUGGGGAAGCCUAGCCAGGUGGGCGGGGUAUAAAUAAUAAAUUAUUACUAUCAUUAUUCUAAAUCACAACCCGGUGUGCGCAGACGCGGGUUGCGAACGUGCAUCCCACACGGAUCACGUUUGCAACCCGAGCGUCCACUGUACAUAGAAAAACGCAAAGAAAUAAAAGCCAAGACUCUUCCCCUUGUUCCGCCCAUCCCAACCCAGACAGAGGCCUUGCUGUGUUCUAUUGGUUAUCAUUUGCAGCCGGGAGGGAGGGUUGAUGUUUUCUCCCCCUCUUUCCACGCAUCCAUGUAGGGAAGGAUGGGAAUCCCCCCCCCUUUCCCCUGCGAUAGGAUGUGGCAAUAUCCUGUUUCUCCUCUUCUCUCUUCCGCCAUCCUCUCCCCCACCCCCCAAAACACCACCCCAACCCAGUCCCCACUGCGGUGGCCUUCCUGAAGGAGGUGGAGUCUCCCUACGACGUCCACGACUGCAUCCGCUCCUACCUGGGAGACACGGUGGAAGCCAAAGAGUUCGCGAAGCAGUUCCUGGAGCGCCGUGCCAAGCAGAGAGCCAGCCAGCAGCGCCAGCAGCAGCAGGUGAGCGGCGCUCGGUUGCGGGAACCGGCCAUCGAUCUCCCACCCCCAGGUGUCAACAUAUGCAGAAGAGGGCAAGGGUCACGUUUGACUUGAGAACAGGCAGCUUCCCAAAAAACAGCAAGGUUUGGUAGGGUGGCCGUAUUUUGAAGAGCAAAAAACUGGACGCAUUUGCCGACUUCUGCUUACCUACAGAUCACUGACGACACUCGUUUUAAAUACCGUAUUUUUCGCUCCAUAAGGCGCACUUCUUUUUUCUUCCUAAAAAGCAAGGGGAAAUGUCUGUGCGUCUUACGGAGCGGAUGCAUGGUCCCUGGAGCCGAAUUGCCCAGGGGCAAAAAGCAGAUCAUGCUUCUUUUUUUGAAAGAGGGAAGGGGGUGUUGAAAUAAAGUCGCUGAUUGUUUGCCAAUUGGGGAGAAAGAUAAGGGACGCCAGAGAUAAAGGAGGCUGCCUGGGAGGGGGGAGGUAAAGACAGCAAACUUGCAAAGGGGGGAAACAGGAAGACUAAAGCAAUAAGGAGAGAAAUGAGAAGAAAAGGAGGAGCAAAAAACUCUCCAGCAAAGGAAAAUACACUAAGGGAAACAAGAGGGAAGGGAGUAUUGAAAGGAAGGGAUCGGAAGAGAGAUAAGGGACGCUAGAGAUAAAGGAGGCUGCCUGGGAGGGGGAGGUAAAAGCCCAUGGAUCCUCAGGAUUUUUACAUUGGGUCACCCCAAAUUCACCAUCAGAUCACAUAGCAUGUCCAUGGCUACAGCCUGCACCAAAAAAAUCACGCAUCCACUGUUUCCUGGGGCCGCAAGUGGCGCAAAACCGUGGUUACAAAGCACGGAUCCACAUGGAUCCUCAGGAUUUUUGCAGUGAGUCACCCCAAAUUCAUCAUCAGAUCACAUGUCUGUGGCCACAGCAUGAAGCACAAAAAUCAUACAUCUACCGUUUUGUUCAGAAUAUUUUUUUUCUUGUUUUCCUCCUCUAAAAACUAGGUGCGUCUUAUGGAGUGAAAAAUACGGUAUAUAGGAUAUAGAAUCUCUGAUACAUUGCUAGUAGCAACGUUUGUACUGUCAAAAACAUAAUAAUAAUAAUAAUAAUGAAACAUAUUGCUCCCUCACUUCCCACAUGAAAGUAUUUGGGCUCACGUCUUAGUGGACACCAGCGCGCACAGAACAAUUUAUUAAACUGGUUAACGUACGUCUGUGCUCUCCUUAAGGGCGGGGGCAUGUUAACUCUUGCCCUCCCAGGCUCCUCCUCCUCCAAGAUCUUGUAAGCUGAGCCAGAGUCCUUUUAGUUCAGCCGCAAGAAAAGGGAUUUAUACAGUAGGUAGGGAGUUUUAAGAUGCUGCUUUGUUGUGAUUCUCUGCUGCAGACUAGCUUAGCCGGGCGCCUUAAAUCUGAGUCACUAGCAAAAUUUUCUUGGGUUACUGGAGACAAAAAAACCAAGCAGAAAAACCCGGACAUUUUGCCAAAUUUGUAAAAUCCGCCCGGACAGAAAUUUUAAUCCUGAAAAAGAGGUUGUGUCCAGUCGCCCUUGUGAGGAGCAAAAGGAAGUGAGCCUCAUCAAGUACUCAAUUUUAUAUAGUAAAGGUAAAGGGACCCCUGACCAUUAGCUCCAGUCGUGGCCGACUCUGGGGUUGCGGUGCUCAUCUUGCUUUACUGGCCAAGGGAGCCGGCAUACAGCUUCCGGGUCAUGUGGCCAGCAGGACUAAGCCGCUUCUGGCGAACCAGAGCAGCUCACAGAAACGCCGUUUACCUUCCCGCCGGAGCGGUACCUAUUUAUCUACUUGCACUUUGACGUGCUUUCGAACUGCUAGGUUAGCAGGAGCAGGGACUGAGCAACGGGAGCUCACCCUGUCAUUGCAGGGAUUCGAACUACCGACCUUCUGAUCAGCAAGUCCUAGGCUCAGUGGUUUAACCCACAGCGCCACCCACGUCCUUCAAUUUAUUUAUUUAUAUAUAUACACCGUAUUUUUCGCUCUAUAAGACGCACCAGACCACAAGACGCACCUAGUUUUUGGAGGAGGAAAACAAGAAAAGAAAUAUUCUGAAUCUCAGAAGCCAGAAUAGCAAGAGGGAUUGCUGCGCAGUGAAAGCAGCGAUCCUUCUUGCUGUUCUGGCUUCUGGGAUAGCUGUGCAGCCUGCAUUCGCUCCAUAAGACGCACACACAUUUCCCCUUACUUUUUAGGAGGGGAAAAAUGAGUCUUAUAGAGCAAAAAAUACGGUGUAUAUAUAUAUGUGUGUGUGUGUUUGUCUUUGGCUGCCAGCUCGGCUGAUAGGGUGCCCCAGUGAUCUGGCUCUCACCUGCCUGCACUGAAGGCUGUCAGUUACUCCUCACUCCUUCACCCGAAGAUCGCCGGGUGGUUCACAACGUAAGAACACAAAAUGCACAAUAAAAACAAGCGAAAACAAAGGCCCCUCCUACAAACGCCGUUAAAAGGACAUGGAGUGUUAAAUCAGCUGAGCGCCUGGCUUUGCGCCCUGGGCGUUUUUGUCCGGUCUCCCUUCAAGCCAUGCCCUUUUGUGUUCCUCGCAGGAAGCCUGGCUGUCCUCCAGCAGCCUGCAGUCCCUCUUCCAGUCCAACCACAGCCCCAAGGCCCCGUCCUUCGAGAACAGCCAAGCCGCCAAGAUCAAGAGGCGCCCGAUGAUGCUUCAUGCGGACCCCAGCAUCCUGGGUGAGAGGCCUGGCGGGGGGCGAGCCCUGGGCCUCCGGGGGUGGAGGGAUAGGGGGCUGGGACUGGGGCUCCUGUGGGGUACGGGAACGGGAGCCGGGUAGUGGGAACCAUGGCUGUCAACUUUCAGAUUUGAAAAUAAGGGAUCAGCAGCCUCACCUGUCCCGGGGACAGUCUAUGGGAUAUCUAACAAUCCGGGAUAGCAGCGGGAAACGGCGCUGGAAUAAGAGAAUUUCCCGCAAAAAGAGGGAAGGUGGGAACCCCCUUCCCCCUCCAAACCCCCACCCCAAGGGAGGGUCCCUAAAACUCCCACCCCAGGGUCCUUAACCCAUUUUUGUCUGGAGUCCCUUGCCUGCUCCAGUUCUGUUGCCUUAAUUCCUGUAGGGCUGCAGUUUCCAGCAUGGGGCAAACGCCCCAUAGGGGGGCAAUUUGAUUUUUAAGGGGGGGCAAUUUGGAAGCUUGUUUAGAUUAUGGUUACCAGAUUUUUUUCAGUGAAUCCGGGGACACUUUUUUUUUUUUAAGUUGAGUAGCAACAGGGAGUCAGUACAGUGGUACCUCGGGUUAAGUACUUAAUUCGUUCCAGAGGUCCGUACUUAACCUGAAACUGUGAAGCACCACUAAUGGGGCCUCCCGCUGCCGCUGCAGAAUUUCUGUUCCUAUCCUGAAGCAAAGUUCUUAACCCGAGGUACUAUUUCUGGGUUAGCGGAGUCUGUAACCUGAAGCAUCUGUAACCCGAGGUACCACUGUAGUGGGGGUGAUGAGGCAAAAGACCCUUGGGCCAAGCACACAUGCAUAUUGUAUAAAGGCGCAAUGCCCUUCUUUGACACCCUGUGAAACAUAAAUCUGCAGGUUUUUUUAAAAACCGGGCAAUGGCACGCCGCACGCCCGUGACUCCCAAGCCUUCCCCGAUCUCCUACCCCCUUUGUUUUGACAGAUCAGGAAAGGCUCUGGAGUCACGGGCAGGCAGCCGUUGUCCAGGAGGGGCCAGCCUGGUAGCGCAGUUGGCUCUGGCUCGCUUCAGGAGCUGCUCGCUGCUGUGGCGCAGGAAAAAUGGCGGGCGCCACGACAGCGAGCAGCUCCUGAAGCCAGCCAGAGCCAGCUCCGGGCUGCUGAGGCUGCCGCUGCCACGUUUCCCGGGGACAGAUUUGCAAAUCCGGGAACUGUCCCCGGGAACCGGGGAUGUCUGGUAACCCUAGUUUAGACCAAGUUGAUUGCCUUUUAGGCUUCCUCCACGUGAAUAGGAGUUCACUUUCUGAAUAACAAGAAUCACUGUAAUUUCCCAUGCAUAAGACUAUAUAGUCAUACCUCAGGUUACAGCUGCUUCAGGUUGUGUUUUUUCAGUUUGCGGACUGCCGAAAACCAGAAGUACCGGAAUGGGUUACUUCCGCGUUUCGGCAGUUGCGCAUGCGCAGGAGUGCCAAAUCGCAAACCGUGCAUGCGUAGACGCAGGUUGCGAACAUGCACCCUGCACAGAUCACAUUCGCAACAUGAGCGUCCGCUGUAUUUCCCCCCCCCCCCCAAAAAUUUCUUAAGUUUAAAAUUGGGGCUCGUCUUACACACGGAACGUUGCAAUUAUUUAUUUCUUAAUUCUGGGCUCAAAAAAUAGGGGUCGUCUUACAUAUGGGGGCAUCUUACACAUGGAAAAAUACGGUACAGUGGUACCUCGGGUUACAUACGCUUCAGGUUACAGACUCUGCUAACCCAGAAAUAGUGCUUCAGGUUAAGAACUUUGCUUCAGGAUGAGAACAGAAAUCAUGCUCCAGCGGUGCGGCGGCAGCAGGAGGCCCCAUUAGCUAAAGUGGUGCUUCAGGUUAAGAACACUUUCAGGUUAAGAACGGACCUCCGGAACGAAUUAAGUACUUAACCCGAGGUACCACUGUAUAUGUCACAGGGGGCAUCAGGAUUUUUAGAGAUGUUUCGGUGGGGCAUGCCCCCAGAAAGGUGGGGAACCACUGCUAUGGGCUUCCAGGAUGGGAAGGAGAGGGAAUGGUUGGGGGGCGGAAGGAUGGGUCAGAUAGAUUUUUUGGGGGGGGUCGCUGUCCUCCUGCCUGACGGGCCGUGUCUUCCCCUUCCAGGUUACGCUCUUCACGGCUCCUCGAGCGAGCUGGAAACGGUGGAGGACUACUGACUCACAGCAAUAGGAAUAUCUCUUCGUUUUCAUCUCUCUGUGUCUAUAUCUCUUCUCUUCUCUCUCUCUCUCUCUCUAUCUCUGCCGCUGCUGCCUUGAUCUAACCAAUUUCAGUCUCGGCUGAAUGUGCACUGCAAGAGAGGCGGCCAGGUGCCCCCAUCCCAAUCAUCACCCCCCCUUCCCCUCCUGGACCGGAGGGCGGAAGUCGUGGGGAGGGAGCGGUCAGUGGCGGCAACGGUCAGUUGGACACCGGCCAGGAGGAGGCUGUUAAGCACUUCUUUCCUUACGAGAAAAAAACAAAAAACAAAAAUAAGCACCUUAACGAACAAAAAACUUUUUUUUUUAAUGCCGAUGCACUUUAUCUAAGAAAAGAAAAAAGAACUUUUUUUUACAGCGACUUGUUAAUAAGGAAAAAGGAAAAAAAAAAGAGGAAAAAAAAGAAUUUUUUUUUUUUGCAAUCGAAUCGCAGAUUUUUUUUUCUAUAUACAUAUAUAUAAAGAAAAUCGUUAAAAAACCUACAAAAAUUUUUAUCUUUGAGAAGAAAACACUUAUUUUUCACACGGGGAUAAGUUUUCAGAAAACAAAAAAACGUGAAUGGCAAUUUCACAAAAGGCUUGAUAUAAAAAAGAUUUAUAAGACAAAAAAAAGAAAAACUUGAAGAAAUGCACUUAGAAAAAAAAGGAACUGUGUUUUUUUUUUUUACCAUUGUUUGGAUAACUAUAUAUAUAUAUAUAUAUAAAUAUAUACAUUUGUGUAAAUACUGUUCAGACUUGCCCCGCACAGUAUAUAUAUUUUCUCUUACGAAGAGGCCAUUUUUUAUAAGACUUUUUUCUUCUGUUGUUGUUGUCGUCAUUUUUUUUAAAAAAGAAAAUUGCACAAAUGCCUACCCUUCCCCCCCCCCCUCUGGACAUUACAAUUCUGUGUUUUUUUUGUGGAUUGUUUUUUUUUAUAAUCAAAGGGAAAAAAGGAGGAGGGGGGAAAAAAAGAGAACUUUGCAAAAAGAGUAAUUUUACACUAACGUCGAAGCGGGUUUGCUCGUACCAGAAGCUGCUUUUGCUCUGCAAACCCGGCCCCAAGAAUUCCUGUCGGCUCCGGAUGAAACCUUCUGGCUCCAUCCAAGGAAUCCCGCAAAGCGAAGAGCCUUCCUUUUUCUCAAAAGCCGCCUUUUUCGAAAUCUCCCCACCUGCGAAUUACCGUACAAACCUUUUCUUACCUGUGUGCUACAGAAGGCGACGUGUUUUUCCCCCCGGCGACUGUUUUGCAUGUCUGCAUGAGACGCACUUUUUUUUUUCCAUUCUGAGAUAUAAGGAGAGGAAGGGAAAAACUCCGAAGGGAGAAUGGGGAGUUGUGAGUCUUCUGGGGUUUUUGUGCGUUUGCGUGUUUUUGUUGUUUUUUUUAAACCUUCCCUACCCUCCUUUCCCACCCCAAUUUCUUCCCUUUUUUUUUAAACGUGUACACAGUUGAGAAUCAAAUCGUUAUUGAAAGUGUUGUCCCCCACCCCCCUUUCGUUGUUUUGAGGAGAAAAAGACCUGAGUUAAUUUACCGACGUCAGGAACUAUCUCCCUGGUGCACUCAGAGCAGAAUUGAAUGUACUGCAUCCUCGGGCGACAAUUUCGAAGCUGCAGAACCACGUUUAUUUCCCCCCCCCCAAACCCCAAAAGCUGCCUGUUACAAAAUGGUGUUUCAAGAGCAACAAAGAGCUGUUUGUAAAGGGGGGGGGGCGGAUGUGCUUCCUUCUUAAAAUCUCACUUUAAAACCAGGAAGCCACCGCCAAUGUCUUACUCGCGGUCUCCCACUCUCGGGAGAAGCUGCGUUUUUAAGAGUAAACUCUUCCCCCCUUCCACACACAAUUGCACCCCGAUUUAGGGAGCUGACAGUUCGGGGUGUGCUUUUCCUGUGCAUAUGUAGCUGUGGUUGUGCUUGUGUGUGUGUAUAUAUAUAUAUAUAGUAUAUUUACAGAUGAUAACCUUUUAUAUCUAUAUAUAUAUAUAAUGCUUGAACAGAGAUUUUCUUUUGCGUGCGCGUGAGCUCGCAAGGAACUUAAUUUUUUGUUCUGUUUACAACCCUUCCCACGCGGGUGGGAGGUGUCGCUGGGUGCACACAAGGUACUACUUGGAAGUCAGAACCCCGAGAAGUGGCGGGGGGCCACCGGGGGUCAUAGGAAACCAAUUUCCUUCUCCCCCCCCCCUUCUUAAGCCCCCCACCCAACCUCUCUUUAUAACCUCCCUCUCACGGAGACUCACAGGUUGAGGCUGCAGGGAGACCCUCAUCGUCUUCCGCACCUCGCUGGUAAACGUGUGUGUCGUUGCAAAAGCCCACCUGCUCUUGUUAUUUGGGGGGGGGGGCUUAUUGUUGCGAACCCCCCUGGCCCACGGGUGCCUCUCGCUCGGUCGCGCCAAGGUCUCGGAGGAGCUCUUGCCUGGUCCCAUUGGCUCCUCCUCUCUGUGGCAUUGUGCGAUUUUUUUAAGGCAGGGUGUGUGUGUAGAAAGGGGGGGGGAGAGAAAUCCUUUAAACGAACGCAGCUUUCGAGCCGCGACGCAAGCGACAAAAAAUACACCCCCCCUCGGGAAACAAUCCCUCGCUCAUGACCAAAAUGCUGGAAUGCCCAUCGUCGUUUUUUUUGUUUUCAAUCUUCUGAUGUUCCGUAUUUUAUGUUUGCGCAAGACCACAAACUCGGAAGGAUCGAUUGUGUGUGUGUGUGUUGUUCUGAUUAACCCCCCCCCACUUAAAAUACUGUGAUGUUUUUUAAUGGUUCCUGUGUUAUAAGGCAGGAGGACGAGGCGAUGGCCUGGAGAGGUCCAGUCCUCCCUCUCCGCCUCUUUCUCUCAAAGUAGGAUGGAAGAAGGCUGCUCAUUUUUUCAGGAUGGAGGGGGGAUCGGACACCCCCCCGGGGUGUCUGCCCCACUCGCUUUUACCUUCUGGUCAGUAUUCAUCUGUGGAGGAGGGGAGACCCCACCCCAGGCACCCCGAAUCGAGGGCCUCUUCCUUCUCCUCUUCCUCCUCUUCUGUGACUCCAAAAGCUGCUUCCCCCUUUGGCGGCAGUGGGGCGGGGGGGGGUCCCCAUAGCGGGUCAGGCUUCCUCCUGAGUAGACGUCCUCUUUGGAGUGUUUGUGUGUGGGGGGGUGGGUUCCCAAGGUGGCCAACUUUGGCAUUAUUCCUCCACCUCUCCAACGAGAGUGGCACCCGUCCGUCUCUCCUGCCGAACGGGCGAUGAGCUACGGAGACGGCAUCUCUCGCGUCCGAAGACUUGGUACCAGUUCACCCUCUCCUCAUUUUAUUUUAUUUUUGCCCUGGGGGGGGGGGGGAGAAGGAUAUCGCCUCAAGAAUGUAUUUUAGGGAAGCUGCUUCCUUUGCCAAUCAAGGGCUGUUAUCGUCGUCAGACCCUCGUAUCAAUCGCUCGCUUGCAAAACGGGGGGCUUUGUUGCGUGGGUGUUGGGGGGGGGUCUUUUCCCUUCCCGCACCGUCCUGCCAUAUAAUUUUUUGUGUGUCCUGUUGGGAUAUUCCUCCCCCCCCCUUCUUUGUUCCUUUUGCACCGAAACCUCGGGACGGGGUUGCGAACUGAAAUAAUCCUAAGACUUCUCUGUUCCUUCGUGCAUUUCUUUUUAUCAAGGUACGGGCAAAGUUUACAAAAAAAAAAAGAGCUGGCUUUGUGGCAGCGGGAGACUCGCCAACCCUGACCUGUAAUCCAGGGGAGUCCUUUGUUGUUGUUGGAGGGGGGGGUCUCAAGAGUAGAAUGACAGAGACGCAGCCCCUUCCUCUCUUGACUGGAGGAAACGCCCGCCCAGCUCUUUAGAAUAAUAUUAUUAUUUUCCCCCAGUCUGUGAGAAGAGUGCGAGGGACUGUGAGUGAAACGGGAUGCGUUCCCCGUCCGCGAAAGCGAUUGGCGGAUUUGCCGCCCCCACCUCGCCCACCCACCUCUUAAGCAUCUUCAAUUGCAUAAAUGCUUGAUUUUUCCUACAUGUUUUGCGCACGCGCAUUUGUGCGCAAACUUUUGCCUUAUCAGUUUAUAGGGGGGCGCACGCGAAAAUGACCUUCAACCACCUAUUGGUCUUGGGGUGUGUGUGUGUGUGUGUGUGUUUGUGUUUGUGUGUGUUGUUCUCCCAGUAUUAUCAAUGGGUGUUUUUUCUUUAAAAAAAAAUAUUAAAAACCCCGAGCAAUAAGGAGAUUAAAAAAAAAGAAUUGUAGCACAUGAAGAAGCUGGGAAAAGGCUUUAAUUCCAGCUGUUAAUUGGGACGGUGGGGGGGGGGCUAUUCGUGCUUAGGAGGGGGCCCCCAAACCCCUUCUUCCCCCCACCCCAAAUUUACGUGGGGUUUUUGUUGCUGUGUUUUGAGAGGAAAUCCACCAAAUGUGAAGAUGGUAGAAAGGGGUUGUGCGUUGGGGCCGGGAGGGGGGCGCAACCCCACAGCCGCCACUGCAGUGGGACUCCUCUUCCUCCGCCUUUGCCCCCCUCCCCGGAGGAAAGAGUCCGAUUUCUGAUGCCAGUUUCUCUCUACAUAAGACAAUGUUUUGGGGUUUUUUGCGUGUUUGUGAGACACAAGUACUUCCCUCCUUCCUUAGUCGUUGUAGCAGCAGCAUCAAUGCCUUUCUUUAACUGAUAUAUAUAUAUAUUUGUGUGUAUUUUGGUCUGGGGGGGGCAACCAUUUGGAAUGUGACUAUGAAUGUAAAAAGUGCUGGGUUCAAGCUCUCCUGGCUGCCAGUGUGGGAGGGUUACGUGUUGGGGUUUUUUUUCCUUUUAUUGGUAUGUGUGUUUGCUUUGGGGGAACUUGGUUUUAAUUUUUUCCGCUUUACCGGGUGCCAGAAGGGACGGCAGAGUCCCGCGCGUUGGGGGAAAAAGGGAAUGGAUCGCUUUGCGACGGCCGCUGGGACGGGGGAGACAGAAAGAGACCGAGGGAUGCUCUGCAUCUCGGUUUGCCGAUUUGGCCAUUUUUGGGGAAGAUCUCAGAAAAGGGCGUCUCUCCCCAUUCCCUCUCCCGCGGCAUCCCAAAAUCCCGCCGUUUCCCAAAAUUAGCGAAAAGCUUUGCGGGGUGGUUGUUUUCCGUUGUUGCGUUUUCCCCGAUGCCUUAAAUUGUACAAAUUGACUUGCUUCUGGGGAGGGGCGAGAUUUCUGGCGGCGACCUCUUUUUGUCCUGGUGGGUGGGUGUGCUUGGAUCGGGGAGUGUGUGUGUGUGUGUGUAUGUGUGCGGGCAUUGUUAAUUUUUGUCUCAAAGCCUCUUGAGCCAACCAAAGGGGUGUUAGAACUUGUGCCAGCUCUGAGCGGCGCGAGGGUUUGGGGAGGGGGUGCUGCGAAGCCGGAAAAGAGCCGUCGCCCGGACGCCUGGGUCCCCCGCACGCGGUUUCCGCUCGGCACAGGGGCCGGCGGGAGACGAGCGAGGGGCUCGCCUGCUUCUACGUUGGCAGAAGGCGGACGGUCGGGGUGGCAGUGGAUCUGUGCAACCUUCCCACCCUCCUCUGGACUCUUGGGUGCGGAUCCUGCUCGACUCCUUUUGUUUUUCAUGCUUCUAGCCCUCAUCAGCCAACGGUUGGCUAGAGGCCCAUCUACCUCCCCCCUGCUGCUGCUGCUGCUGCUGCUGCUGCCGUCGGCGCGGAGAAGAGACCCCCCUUCUCCCCUCAAGUAUUACACGAAACUGUGAUGGGGCGUACUUGGCCUCCCAGCUCCUACUGAGAGUGGAAACAUGUUUACAGAGCUUUUUUCCGAUUUGUUUUGUUGUGUGUGUGCGUGUAUUUCCCCCCCGCCUCCGGUGCGAAAUCGGCACGGACUUAAACUCCGAGAGAUGGGGGGGAACCCCCCGAACUUUGUGGUUCGCUGAAUGUUAAGGGCGGUCGCCGCCCGAGGACUUAACUUCUUCACUGGAGGGGCAAGCUUCUCUCUCGGCCAGCUGCCCGCAGGACUCCUGGGUUCCUCUGCCGCCUCUGCAAAGAGAGCGUCGUCCCCCCCCCGUGGGGCGUCGGAUGGAGCCACGGCAGCCGAGGAAGACGAUUACUAAAGGAGUUAAAAGACUCUUCCCCCCCCCCCACAACAAAAACGGACUUCUUUUUGUAGCUUCUGACCCCCCAGGUGCAAAACGUGGCAGGGGGGUGAACGCUUCCACCCCUCUUGUUUCGGGUGGGGGGGGUGGAGGCAGGACUGUUAAGCUUCUAUUCCUGCGCCUUAAGUUUGGGGGGUUCUCUUUGCUGUACAUAAUUGCCAGGCCCCCCCCCCCCAAUUUUUGUUAUGCUCCUCUCUCCUCUGGAAAAAGACGUAGGAACUGUCUGGCUUUUCAAUUAGGGGUUAUAUGUAUAAAUAUUCAUGGGUGUUAAAAGAUGCCAAAUCCCCUUCGCCCCGCCCCUUUCUGUACAAUAUUCCCCCCCCCCAAAAAAAUGCAUCUUUUGUAAAUAACAAAGUUUUUCUCUUUCACCCUGCAAAGUUUGCAAGGAAAUAAAAGCUUAGAUGGUUGUGGAACCGGCUGCUGACUUCCUAGAUUCGGACGGCGCUCCUCUCAGGUUGGCCAAGUGAUCCGAAGCCCUCGCCCCUUUCGUUUCGUCAUUUUUACCCAUCUCACACCGUUCGAUUGUUAAAAAGCCUCGGGAGGUGUUUGCAAGAAACAAAACCGUCCCUGAAAAGAUUACCAACCACGGUUCAAAACGUGCAAUUCGUUGAAAUGCUUAAAGCAGGUAAAAAUCAACAUCAGCCCUCCUGAGCAGGCUUCUCUAAAUCUUUUGUGUUUUUAGCAGGCAUCCAAAAAGCUUACAGCGAAGGCGCCUGCUUGAUAUCAAGAGGCAGGGAGUUCCAAAGUGCGCAGGCCACACAAAACCAUAAUGGAGUUUCUGUAUAUGUUGCCCCAUCUCCCAUCACCCCAGUGUCUUGUAAGCCAGGGCUGAUGGGAUUUGUAGUCCGAAGCACACCCUGAGGGCACCGGGCUGGCGAGGGCUUUUGGGCCCUGCAAUGAGGCAGGAUGAGGCGAGUGCUGAAGGGCAGGGCAGGUGGUGGGCAGCUUGUUAGGGGUAAUAAUAAGAAUUAUUAUUAUUUAUACCCCGCCCAUCUGGCUGGGUUUCCCCAGCCACUCUAGGCAGCUUCCAACAGAAUAUUAAAAUACAAUAAUCUGUUAAACAUUAAAAGCUUCCCUAAACAGGGCUGCCUUCAGAUGUCUUCUAAAAGUCUGGUAGUUCUUGUUCUCUUUGACAUCUGGUGGGAGGGUGUUCCACAGGGCGGGCGCCACCACCGAGAAGUCCCUGUGCCUGGUUCCCUGCAACCUCACUUCUCGCAGGGAGGGACCUGCCAGAAGGCCCUCGGAUCUGGACCUCGGUGUCCGGGCUGAACGAGGGGGAUGGAGAUGCUCCUUCAGGGACCGAGGCCAUUUAGGGCUUUCAAGAUCAGCACCAACACUUUGAAUUGUGCUCGGAAACUUACUGGGAGCCAACGUAGGUCUUUCAAGACCGGUGUUAUGUGGUCUUGGCGGCCGCUCCCAGUCCCCAGUCUGGCUGCCGCAUUCUGGAUUAAUUGCAGUUUCUGGGUCGCCUUCAAAGGUAGCCGCACAUGGAGCGCAUUGCAGUAGUCCAAGCGGGAGAUAACUGGAGCAUGCACCACUCUGGCCAGACAGUCUGCGGGCAGACGGUUAGGGAAGCAUGUGGUACCCCACCAAGCAGACCCUUGGCCUCGGGCGCAGUGGAGCCCCUGCCCCAUGGCAAAGAGCGAGCCAACUGCCAGCCUGGUUGCUUUGCACGUGAAAUGGUGGAAGGCUCAUAGAAUUGCAGAGUUGGAAGUGACCUUGAGAGUCAAUCUAGUCCAGCCCCAACUGUGCAGGAACCCUGCCCACAGCCCUGCCCCCUUCUGCUUAACAGCCAGAUACACACAGUGUGUCUGUUGUGUUUUUUAAAGAUAGUGCAAAUUACCAGCUUUGGCAAGCGAACGUGAACUGGAAAUGUGCUGCCAGUAAUUUCACUCACAGGCCUUCUUAUAAGGAAGAAACCUGUUUUAUUUUGGGGUGAACAUUAGGAACAAAACAAGGCUGUUCUUACUACGGUGCCCUUUAUCAGCUCUGCUAAAUCGGCUGCGCUGGAACUGGGAAAUGCGUUGGCACUGGCAAACCUGGUGCUUUGGGGGUCUUCUCAGGCUAAGAAUCUCAUCUUUUCCUUUUCUUCAGGCAGCAAAAUGUCUUGGGCUCGGCCCUUCUCUUUCCACCAAAUGAACGUGAGGUGGGUGGACUCUAGUCACGCCGCACGUAUACAUUGCCAGAAUUUGCUCAUCACCCCUCCCCCUCUUAAAUUUUCUAUUUAUUUUUACAAAUUUUUGAUAUUCUGGUUCAAGGGAGUCCUGCGACCACAUCCAUUCCAAGUGCAAUUGCAAUAAUAGAUUUGCUCAAAAGUGUUGUAGCCUUCAAAUUUUCCUUUCCCCUUUUCCUAACGAUCCCUAACCUGGAAUUUGCUGUUUGCACAUUGUUGUCAGUCACUGCCAGCUGCGCAUCUUCUCAAACAAAGCACAUCACUUUAUCCAACGGCUUCCUUGCUUUAAUUCCCAUCCAUCUUUUUUGGGGGGGUGUUGAAUGUUCCUAACCCAUUUUAUAAUGUAUAUAAAACAGAACAUCUGUAACAGAUCAAAAGCAGCUGUUCUUGCUAAUCGGUUGAGUAUCCUUCCAUCAUUGGCCCGUCAAGAUUUAAGUGGAGUUGGUAGACAAAUAUCACAUCCAUUUUGCAGGGGAUUGGUGCUGAGGGUUAAAGCACAGAGCCUAGGACUUGCCGAUCAGAAGGUCGGCGGUUCGAAUCCCGCGACGGGGUGAGCUCCCGUUGCUCAGUCCCUGCUCCUGCCAACCUAGCAGUUCGAAAGCACGUCAAAGUGCAAGUAGAUAAAUAGGUACCACUCCGGCGGGAAGGUAAACGGCGUUUCCGUGUGCUGCUCUGGUUUGCCAGAAGCGGCUUCUUAGUCCUGCUGGCCACAUGACCCGGAAGCUGUACGCCGGCUCCCUCAGCCAGUAAAGCGAGAUGAGCGCCGCAACCCCAGAGUUGUCCACGACUGGACCUAACGGUCAGGGGUCUCUUUACUUAAAUACUAUACAGGAUAGCUAGCAGCUUGGCAAACCUUUUAAAUUAGAUGUGUUGAAAGCUUUUGAUACUCCAAACUGGUCUUUCUUUAAACUGUAGUACCAGAAUGGUUUCUCUUUAGACGUAGGAUGUUCUUAAAAACUAUUUGCCAGCUGUAUCGGGAAAGAAAAAGCCAGCAUUGGACUAAAAUGCCUUUGAAAACGGCACUCUUAAAAUUACGUUGCAAGGCUGCCCUGUCAUUGCUGCCUUUUGCUCUUGCGAUGGAGGAUUCAGACAUUAAGGGUUAUGAUAUUGCUGGUGCACAACAUAAAAUCGGUUUGCUUGCAGAUGUUUGCUCCCUUGAUUUCAGAACCAAUUUCAUCCGCUGCCGAGAUGAAACAUAUAAUAAUAAUUUAUCAUUUAUACCCUGGUGUUUUAUUAAUUCAGACAUCUAUCGGGAUUCUCAAAUGACUACUCUAAACCCAUUUAUAAAUUUAGCACCUAAAACCUGCUUGCAAAAACUCUGCUCUUCUUUUUCCACCUUUGAAAGAAAAUUGAGAGGUGUCAGCAAACUUUGCCACCUCAAUAAUAAUAAUAAUAAUAAUAAUAAUAAUAAUAAUUUAUUAUUUGUACCCCGCCCAUCUGGCUGGGUUUCCCCAGCCACUCUGGGUGGCUUCCACAGAAACAAAAAAUACACUAAAAUAUCACACAUUAAAAACUUCCCUGAACAGGGCUGCCUCCUGAAUGUCAAGUAGUUGUUAAUCGCUUUGGCCUCUGAUGGGAGGGCGUUCCACAGGGCAGGCGCCACCACUAAGAAGGCCCUCUGCCUGGUUCCCUGUAGCUUUGCUUCUCACAAUGAGGGAACCGCCAGAAGGCCCUCGGCGCUGGACCUCAGCGUCCGGGCAGAACAGUGGGGGUGGAAACGCUCCUUCAGGUAUACUGGGCCGAGGCUGUUUGGGGCUUUAAAGGUCAACACCAACACUUUGAAUUGUGCUCGGAAACAUCAUGGGAGCCAGUGUAGGUCUUUCAAGACCGGUGUUAUGUGGUCUCGGCGGCCGCUCCCAGUCACUAGUCUAGCUGCCGCAUUCUGGAUUAGUUGUAGUUUCCGGGUCACCUUCAAAGAUAGCCCCACAUAGAGCGCAUUGCAGUAGUCCAAGCAGGAGAUAACCAGAGCAUGCACCACUCUGGUGAGACAGUCCGCGGGCAGGUGGGGUCUCAUCCUGUGCACCAGAUGGAGUUGGUAGACAGCUGCCCUGGAUACAGAAUUGACCUGUGCCUCCAUGGACAGCUGUGAAUCCAAAAUGACUCCCAGGCUGCGCACCUGGUCCUUCAGGGGUACAAUUACCCCAUUCAGGACCAGGGAGUCCACCACACCUGCCCACCCCGUCCCCCAAAACAGUACUUAUGUCUUGUCAGGAUUCAACCUCAAUCCAUCACCCGCCAUCCAUCCUCUAGAUUAUUAACUAGUCCCAAAAGCAACUCUUAGUCUGGUGGGGACGCACCCCCCCUUAAUAUCCCUCUGUUGUGAGAUCUAUCCAUUUAUUCCUCCUCUCUGUUCCUUAACCAGUUAUUUAAGGGGCCCUCUCUUAUCCGGGAGAGGUAGUGUGGUGCAGUGGUUGCUGUCAGGCUGAGACCAGGGAGAGUCGCUGUCUCCUCUUAGCCUAGCCCUCCUCUCAGGGCUGUUGUGUAGAUUAAACGAGACCCCCCUGGAGGUCCUCUUAUGGGACACAAGUACAAUAAAUAAAUAACCUUACCCUGCGAGCCAUUAAUUUGCUCCAGAGUCUCUGGCCAGGAACAUUUAUCAAAAGCCUUUUUUGGGCCACUGUUCAGCAAGUCACUUACUUUUGAAUAGAACUCUCUUUUAACAAUUAAUUGGACGUGGUUUGCACCUGCCAUCAAAGUCAUCUUCAGCAAGGCUUGCUCUGUAUCCUUGAACGUUGUUUAAUUUACCUAGAAGAGGCAAGCAGUCCAGCCUUGUAGUUCUCAACACUUAUUUAUUAAACACAAGCGUUAGCAUUGGUAAUUUCUCAGUCGUAGAGUCAUGGUGCUAGAUGGGACCCCCCCCCCAAAAAAAGGUCUAGUGCAACCACGUGCAAUGCCAGAAUCACACCCAAAGCACCUUUGACAGAUGGCCAUCCAAUGUCUACUUAAAAGCCUCCAAAGAAGUAGAGUCCAUCACCUCUUGAUGUUUCCGAGCACAAUUCAAAGUGUUGGUGCUGACCUUUAAAGUCCUAAACGGCCUCGGUCCUGUAGACCUGAAGGAGCGUCUCCACCCCCAUCAUUCUGCCCGGACACGGAGGUCCAGAUCUGAGGGCCUUCUGGCGGUUCCCUCCCUGCGAGAAGUGAGGUUGCAGGGAACCAGGCAGAGGGCCUUCUUGGUGGUGGCGCCCGCCCUGUGGAACGCCCUCCCACCAGAUGUCAAAGAGAAGAACAACCACCAGACUUUUAGAAGACAUCUAAAGGCAGCCCUGUUUAGGGAAGCUUUCACUGUUUAAUAGGUUAUUGUAUUUUAGUGUUCUGUUGGAAGCCGCCCAGAGUGGCUGGGGAGACCCAGCCAGAUGGGUGGGGUAUAAAUAAUAAAUUAUUAUUAUUGUUGUUGUUUAUUAUUAUUAUUAUUAUUAUUAUUAUUAUUAUAACAGCGGUGCCUCUGGAUGCGAAUGGGAUCCGUUCUGGAGCCCCGUUUGCCUCCUGAAGCGAACGCAACCGGCGUCUGCAUGGGUCGCAGUUUGCCGCUUCUGCGCAUGACGUCAUUUUGAGUGUCUGCACAUGCGGUGAAACCCAGAAGUAACGCAUUCCGUUACUUCCGGGUCACAGCGGAGCGCAACCCGAAAAUACUCAACCUGAAGCAUAUUUAACAAGAGGUAUGACUGUAUUGUGGGAGUCUCUUCCACUGUCAAAUAGCUCUUACCGCCGAGAAGUUCUUCCUGUUCAAUCGGAACCUCUUGUCACCGGAAGCCAUGGGUUCGAGUCCUACCCUCCGGAUCAGGAGAAAACAAGCUUGCUCCAUCUUCCUUUUAGAUAGUUGAAGGUGUCUCUCGUGUAUCUCCUCUGCUCCGGGCUAAACACUCCCGUGAUGGGCAGGCAGAGUCCAGGCAGAGUUUAAGAGCAGCAAUCUCCCCUCCUGCAGUUUCCGGCAAGCAAAAUUCAGAAGCAUCGCUGCCUCCCCAGCUGCGGAAGCGGAGCUUAAUCAUCAUGGCCAAUAGCCAUCGAUAAGACAGAUUUAUGGAGGAAAGCCUCUCUUCAAGCCAUUCAAGUGGGAGGGAGUUCCAUGGCUUAAGCUGUGCAAAGGAAUUUUUAUUUGUCCUGAACCUCCCAACGUCCAGCUUCAUUCCAUGUCUGGUGCUAUGAAGGGUGAAAACCUUUUCCUCUUAUAGAAUCUUACAAGUUGGGAGGACCCCAUGGUUCAUCUAGUCCAACCCCCCUUCAAUGCAGGAAUCUCAGCUAAAGCGUCCAUGACUGAUGGCCAUCCAACCUCUGUUUAAAAACCUCCAAGGAAGGAGAGUCCACCACCUCUCGUGGGAGUCUGUUCCACUGCUGAACAGUUCUUACUGUCAGAAAGAUUUUCUGAAUGUUCAAUCCAGGUAUAGGCAAACAGCCCUCCAGAUGUUUUGGGACUACAAUUCCCAUCAUCCCUAGCUAGCAGGGCCAGUGGUCAGGGAUGAUGGGAGUUCUAGUCCCAAAACAUCUGGAAGGCCGACUUUGCCUAUGCCUGGUUUAGUUAGAAUCUCCUUUCUUGCAACUGGAAGCCAUGGGUUCGAGUCCUACCCUCCAGAGCAGGAGAAAACAAGCCAGCACCCUGUUCCAUGUGGCAGCCCUUAAGAUAUCUGAAUAUGGCUUUUCAUAUCUCCUCUUUCCAGGCUAAACAUCCCCAGUUCCCUCAACCGUUCCUCACAAGGCUUGGUUUUCAGACCCUUGGUUUCCAGAUCUCUGCACACCUUCCAGCUUGUCAACAUCCUUCUUAAACUGGGGUGCCCAGAACCGGACACAGGACUUCAAGUGACGCUCGAAUAAGGCAAAAUAGAAUAGUACUACGACUUCCCUUGAUCUGGACCCUAGACUUCUGUUGAUGCAGCCUAGAAUAGGUAAAGGGACCCCUGACCAUUAGGUCCAGUCGUGGCCGACUCUGGGGUUGCAGCGCUCAUCUCGCUUUACUGGCCGAGGGAGCUGGCGUCCAGCUUCCGGGUCAUGUGGCCAGCAGGACUAAGCCGCUUCUGGCGAACCAGAGCAGCGCACGGAAACGCCGUUUACCUUCCCGCCAGAGCGGUACCUAUUUAUCUACUUGCACUUUGACGUGCUUUCAAACUGCUAGGUUGGCAGGAGCAGGGACCGAGCAACGGGACCUCACCCCGUCGCGGGGAUUCAAACCGCCGACCUUCUGAUCGGCAAGUCCUAGGCUCUGUGGUUUAACCCACAGCGCCACCCGCGUCCCGCAGCCUAGAAUAGCAUUAGCUUUUUUUGCUGCUGCAUCACACUAUUGACCUGCGUUAAGCUUCCAGUUUACUUAGACCCCUGGAUCCUUUCCCCAUUUACAGUUAGCAAGCCGAAUGUCCCACAUCUUAUAUUUGUGCAGCUGGCUAUUCCUGCCAAAGUGCAGAACCUGACAUUUCUCCCUAUUGCAAUUCAUUUUGUUAGAUUUGGCUCAGGUCUCCAAUCUUGUUAAAUUCAUUGUGAAUCCCAAAUCUAUCUUCAGUGGCAUUGGCUACCCCUCCCCAUUUAUCGUCAUCUGCAAAUUUGAUUAGCAUCCCCUCAAUUCCUUCAUCCAAAUCAUUUAUAAAGACGUUAAACGACAACAUGCCCAGAACAGAACCCUACUUGCCACUUUUUUCCAGGAUGUUGAGGAAACAUUCAUGAGUCUUCUUUGGGUUUGGUCAGUCAACCAGCUACAAACCCCCCUAACAGUUAUCUCGUUGCAACCACAUUUUACCAGCUUCCUCGCGAGGAUAUUAUGGGGGACUUUGUCGAAAGCCUUACUGAAAUCAAGAUAAACUACCGUAUUUUUCACUCCAUAAGACACACCUGACCACAAGAUGCACCCAGUUUUUAGAGGAGGAAAACAAGAAAAACCUAUUGUGAAUGAAACAGUAGGUGUAAGAUUUUUGUGGCUCGUGCUGUGGCCACAGACAUAUGAUCGGAUGGUGAAUUUGGGGUGACCCAAUGCAAAAAUCCUGAGGAUCCAUGGGCUUUUACCUCCCCUCUCCCAGGCAGCCUCCUUUAUCUCUAGCGUCCCUUAUCUCUCUUCCGAUCCCACCGAUCAGCUGCUUCCUUUCAACACUCCCCUCUUGUUUGCCUUAGUGUCUUUUCCUUUUUUGCUCCUCCUUUUCUUCUAAUUUCUCUCCUCAUUGCUUUGGUCUUCCUGUUUCCCCCCUUUGCAAGUUUGCUGUCUUUACCUCCCCCUCCCAGGCAGCCUCCUUUAUCUCUAGCGUCCCUUAUCUCUCUCCCCGAUCGGCAAAUGACCAGCGGCUUUAUUUCAACACCUACUUCCCUCUUUCAAAAAAAGAAGCAUGAUCUGCUUUUUGCCCUUGGGCAAUUUGGCUCCAGGGACCACGCAUUCGCUCCAUAAGACGCACCGACAUUUCCCCUUACUUUUUAGGAAGAAAAAGGUGCAUCUUAUGGAGCGAAAAAUACAGUACGUCCGCAGCAUCCCCCUGAUCCACCAAGCUUGUAAUUCCAGCAAAUUAUUUCUCCUUGCCGUGCAGAAUUCUGCAAGCGUCUUAUCAGAGCGCCUCUUGUCGUUCCAUCCCUUGACCUUUCCAGUUUCCCAUCCCCAAAAUCUCCAAUAUUACUUUUUACGGCCAGUCAACCAGUGCACUGUGCACAGUUACCCUAUAGAUGUGAGUUUCGCCCCUGCUAAAAUUCCACAAAGGUCUUUUCUGUGGCAUGCCUGCACAACCCGUCUUGGAAGAAAGGGCAAGUGUGAAAUCAAAGCACCUCCCCUCCACCCCCCCCAAAAAAACCUUCCAAGCUGGCCGACUUGCUCAACUCCCCCCCCCCGCCCCGACUCCAAAUACCACCCCCCCAAAAAUUAAUAAACAAAUGACAAAACGCCAGACACGUCAUGGUUGGUUUUCUGUUGUUUACAGGUUUACACACGGACCCCCCACCACCACGGCCGGGGCAGGGCGGGGGUCCCCCAGCGCCGCCACGCUCCUCUUUUUUGUUUUUUUACAAAAACCAGCCACGGAUCGGGAGGAAACAAGGCCACGACUGCGGCUGCCACGAAUUCCUCGAAAGCACCACCGGGAAGGAGGAGGUUGAAAGGCGGGGGGGUGGGGGGUGGAAGUGAGGGAAACAGAGGACACGAAAGGUUGCCACACUGCAGAUUUGGGCCUGCCUCGGAUCGGGGCCUCCCCUGCUUGCGAAUAAAGGGGAGUAAGCAUCUCUUGGGCAUGAGAGAGAGAAAGAGGAAGAAUUAGGAGUCUCUCUGCCUCCCUCCCCAAAAAAAUUUCCUUCCCCUGCAAAAAAGGCAAGCUCAGCCCCUGGUCCCUGGAUGAAGGAUGCUGCUGCCAUGUUUGGAAACCGUU